ACUGACUUCUGCGUUUAUGUAUAAAAGAUUUUGACAAGAGUAGGUAAAGUUGACUCAACCUAACCUGUUUUGACUUCUGAUGUCUUCUGCGUAAUAGUUAUAGGCUGGGUUACAUAGUUGUCUACGUUGAAAAAAUACUAAUGUUUAACACUGAAGCCCAUUCGUUUAUGCUUGUGAUCCAAAAGAAAGUUAAAAAAGAAAACUACAACCAUUUUUAAUUAUGCCUAAAAGGGGGAAUAAAUCCUUCUUUACUCCGUAAUGGCAAUCAGAUUUCUCCUAGGAUCAACAACCUGUCUACAUACAUAUCAAUUAUAUCUGGGGUCUUACCAUCGAUUUGUAAAGAGGCAAAUGUAAAUUAUACUACAUCACAUGAUUCAAACCCCCUUUUUAUACACAAAAGCACCUCAUUAGCUUUUGUAACAGUUAACCAGCAUUGCAUACUGUUGCCUCAAGGGUGUGGAAAUGUAAAACAAAACAAACAAAAAAAUAGAAUUGUAGCUUACUUUAUCAAACAAUAUAACUAUAAUUAACUGAGACAACUUCAUGAGGCCAUUUAUAACUAUUGACAUGAUUGGUUACAGAAAAGGCAGUGUUUACACUGCUGAGCCUACCGAGUCAAUCUCUUUGCUUCAGAACCACUACAUUAAAUUGUAGUGGCUCUGGAGCCUAGAGCGCCCCUUUAAAAAGGAAUAUAGUGUGGGGUGGGAUAGCUAUGUAGUGUGUUGGUUAUGCAGUGUGUGUGAGAAACAUAAUGUGAGGUGGGAUAAGGAUGUAGUGUGUAUUCGUUUAGGGAAUAUAGUGAGGUGUGGGAAAGGGAUGUAGUGUGUAGCUUAUGAAGUGUGUGUAGGAAACAUGGUGUGGUGCAGGAUAGAGAUGUAGUGUGUGCAUGGAACAUGGUGUCGUGCAGGAUAUGGAUGUUGGGAACACAGUAUAGUGUGUGAUAGGUUAUGUAGGUUUGUAGGUUAUGUAGAGUGGAACAUAGUGUGGGGUGGGAUAGGGAUGUAGUGUGGGUGCAAUAGGGAUGUAGUGUGAGUAGGGCAGAAUAGGUAUAUAGUAUGUGGGAGCGGGUGACAGGUGGCAGAGUGUGGGAGGUAGGGGGUGACUGGUAAGCACUUGCCCGACGCCCGGAACUGCAUGCGUCGGGCGAUACGAAUUGCGCAUCCCUGUGCCUUGUUUGUGAUCUAUAAUUGUUCCCAAGUCCUUUUAAAUUUUAUUAUCCCUUACUCAACCCCAUUAAUGUUUAAGUGACUUGUGGGUUCCUUAUUCCAAAAUGCAUGUAUAUGUGUAUAUGUAUAUUUAUAUAAUAUUUUAUAUUCCUUUUAAUCCCUGCACACACUCUUUUAAAUUAUAUAAAUGCCGGGUGCAUUCAAGCCAAAGUCAAAUAUCACAGAAAUAGUAAAUGAAGGCUUGCACUCACGGUCUUUUUCUUGCAUAAAAGUUUUCUUCCUUUAUUUAAAGUUUCUUAAAACAUAGUCUCCAAUAGAAUCCUUCAUUUUAUUUAUUUAUUUAUAUAUAUAUAUAUAUAUAUAUAUAUAUAUAUAUAUAUUAAAUUGUAUAUGCCACUUGUCUGCCCAGUCCGACGAUUUAUCCAAAUCCAUCUGUAGUGGUCAUAUCCUGUUCAGACUGUAAUUUCUUACAUAGCUGCAAAUACCGACAAAUGACUUUCAAAGCCUACUUCAAGGUCAAACAGAAGUGGACGCAGGACAGAUCCCUGAGGUACUCCACUUCCCACUUUUGCCCUAUUUAAAAUGUUUCCAUUUACAACUACUCCCUGCACUCUAUCUUUAAGCCAGUGUUCUAUCCAAGAACUGAUUUCAGUUUUACCAGUAAACUUUUAAUGUGGAACAGUAACGUAUUGUUAGCACCUACCGUUACUUGUUAAUUGCUUUAAAUUGUCCAUCUGCCUUUCAUUUGUUGUGUGCCUAUUUGGAGUAUAGAACGGUUAAGACAUUUUUAAUAUUCCUACACUUCCAAUAGUGAUGCCAUUUUCUAUAGAUACAGAUGUGUUCUGCAACUCAGAAGCUCCAUUGUGGUAACUGUUUACCUCAUGCAGUGCAAUCCUUUUUAAUGCAUGGUUUAUGUCAGCAGCUACAUACAGGGAUAUUUUAUUAUCUAGGGCGGCUAGUUCUUCUUUUUUCCAAUCCUGCUAAGCAUACCAGUCCUCGCCUAGUCUAUUUUAAUGUUCAUUCAUUUCCCUGAAAAAUACUGCUAUGACUUUUGAGACUAAAGUUCUGCUUUUAAUCAAAAAGGCAUUGGUUGCUCGAACAGAAUGGUUUUUAUGUCCACAUGUGCUCUUAAAGUAGCAGGAUAUCUUGACUUUGCUGCAGUUUGGAAUUUAUUAAAGUUAUUCACUAGUUUAAAUUUGCUGGGAAUACAAAGAGAAUUUCACAUUUUAAUCCCUUAAAGGACCACUCUAGGCACCCAGACCACUUCAGCUUAAUGAAGUGGUCUGGGUGCCAGGUCCUACUAGGGUUAACCCAUUUUUUCAUAAUUAUAGCAGUUUCAGAGAAACUGCUAUAAUUAUGAAUGGGUUAAGCCUUCCCCCAAAGCCUCUAGUGGCUGUCUCAUUGACAGCCACUAGAGGCGCUUGCGUGCUUCUCACUGUGAUUUUCACAGUGAGAGCACGCCAGUGUCCAUAGGAAAGCAUUGUAAAUGCUUUCCUAUGAGACCGGCUGAAUGCGCGCGCAGCUCUUGCCGCGCGUGCGCAUUCAGCCGGCGGGGCGGAUCGGAGGCGGAGAGGAGGAGGAGAGCUCUCCGCCCAGCGCUGGAAAAAGGUAAGUUUUAACCCCUUUCCCCUUUCCAGAGCCUGGCGGGAGGGGGUCCCUGAGGGUGGGGGCACCCUCAGGGCACUAUAGUGCCAGGAAAACGAGUAUGUUUUCCUGGCACUAUAGUGGUCCUUUAAGGACCAAACUUCUGGAAUAAAAGUGAAUCAUGACAUGUCACACAUGUCAUGUGUCCUUAAGGGGUUAAGGUCGAAAUAGCCACACUGAAAACAGAAUUGAUUUGGAUACUAAGUAAAUUCAUUCUGUAAUACACUACAUGGACAAAUGUAUUGGUAUACACCUCCUAAUUAUUGAAUUCAGGUGUUUCAAUCAGACCUAUUGCCACAGGUGUAUAAAAUCAAGCACGCAGUCAUGCAGUCUGCAUUUACAAAUAUUUGUGGGGAAAAAAGAGCUCCGUGAAAUCAAGCGUAGUACUGUGAUAGGAUUCCACCUUUGCAUCGCUGCUAGAUAUAUUUUCAAGUGUAAGCAAUAUUAUUGGAAAGUGUAACCUUUUAGGAACAGCAGCAACUCUGCCAUAAAGCGGAAGACCUAAUAAAGUCACGGAGUGCUGAGGCGCAUGGUGCGUAAAAUGCCAACGCCCUGCUGAUUCCAUAGCUAGAGUUCCAAACUUCCAUUGGUAUUAUUAUCAACACAAAAACUGGGCGGCAGUAGCUUCGUGAAAUGGGUUUCCAUUUCCGAGAAGAUGCAUGCAAGCCUCACAUCACCAAAUACGCUGCCCAACAUCGGAUCAAGUGGUGUAAAACACCAUCACUGGAAUCCAUUAAAACGUGCUCUGUGGAGUGACUAAUCAUGCUUCUCUGUUUGGCUGUCCGAUGGGCGUGUCUGGGUUUGGUGGAUGCCAGAAGUGCAUUACCUGCGUGACUACAUUGUGCCAACUGCAAAGUUUGGUGGAAGAGGGAUAAUGCCAUUGGCUGUUUUUCAGCAGUUGGGCUGGGCCCCUUGCUUUCAGUGAAAGGAAAUCUGAAUCCUUCAGCAUACCAAAACAUUUUGGACACUGCUAUGCUUCCAACUUUGUGGGAACAGCUUGGAGAUGGUCCUUUUCUAUUCCAGUGUGAAUGUGCCCCAGUGCACAAGGCAAGAUCCAUAAAGACAUGGUUGGAUGAUUUUGGUGUGGAGGAACUUGACUGGUCUGCACGGAUACCUGACCUCAACCCCAUCAAACACCUUUGGGAUUAACUUGAACUGAGAUUAAGAGCCAGGCCUUCUAAUCCAAUAUCAGUGCUUGGCCUCACAAAUGCUCUAGCGGAUGAAUGGGCACCAAUUCCCGCACAAACCUCCAAAAUCUUGUUGAAAGCGUUCCCAGAAGAGUGGAAGCUGUAUAGCUGCAAAGGGGCGACCACCUACAUAUUAAUGUCCAUGUAUUUAGAAUGCAAUGUCAAGUCUUGUUGGUGUAAUGGUCCUGUGUCACAAUACUUUUGUCCAUAUAGUGUACCUUUUACCUUGCAUCUUCAAAAUUCCAACUCUUAUAUAGCUAAAAUAAUCAACUGAUUUAAGAAUAGAAAUGAAGGGAGCUAUAACUACAACUGAGCCCAUAUUCAGAGGGACCAUCUUGUCGCUGUGUUUUCCCUGCAAGUUUACAUGGUCACCCAGUGUGACAAGGCAGCUAGCCAUCUGUUUGCAAUAUUGUCUGUUGAUGUUUUAAACCUAAUCUGCGGAGGAUAUAAAGGCAUAAAGAAGAAGAAGCUCUUCUUUCUUGGCCAGCUGUAUGACCUGCACUCCCCUCCCACACUCUCCAGGAUAUGUGUAAAGUUGCAGCAAGACAUGAGCCUUGAGGAUUGAACAUCUGUAAUAUACAGCACGUAAAUUGUUGAAGGUGUAAAAAGUAAAAGGUUAAUGUUGAAAUACACAAUGCUUUACUGGCCACCUCCAUCUUGGCUCCUGUUAAUCAUCAUUUCAAAUGCUAGUUGGUGGAAGAGAAGAACCAAAAUUAUGUUUCCGUUCUUCUCAUUUGUAUUGUGUAUCCGCGGUGUGCAUGAACUUAACUGGAUUGUGAUGUCACUCACUUUUAAAAGAAAACAUAGCAUUGCGUGAAAUUUUUUUGACACUUUUUAUAGGUGAUUUUCAGUGAAAGUCACCCUUUAAGACUUGUAUCCUUAGUUUGUCACAACCUCUGAGAACUGUCUGUUGUGAUGGUAGGGAGGUGAGCUGGGGGAAAACAAGUGACCUUCGCAGUCCAAUGAGAGCCACGCGUUAUUUUCUGCAUAUAAACUGAUUAGAAACUUUAAGAAGAUUUUUGACUUCAGUGAAUGUAAGAAGGGUCUUUAAAGCUCAGGCUGCAUUUGGAAUAAAUUGAUGAAAGCAGAUCAUGAUGCUUGAGAGGGUUGUAGGACUUAACAUUUAGCGAGAGAGCAUGUUCUGUUGCAUCUGGUACAGAUACCUAAAUGAGGAUUAGGUUUAAAUGAGUGAAUGUAUUACACAAAUAAGUAAACAAAACAGCAAGUCUACACUCUAAAUGCACCACUUAUUGCCUUUUUUUUGGGGGGUGGGGGACAAGGAGUUUAAAUAAAAUAUUCCAUUCAUUGAAAACUUUUUGAACUAGACACUGCAUUUUCUCUGAAAAGACAGUGUUUACAGCAAAAAGCCUGAAGGUAAUGAUUCUACUCACCAGAACACAUCCAAUAAGAUGUAGUUGUUCUGGUGACUAUAGUGUCCCUUUAAUCCACUAAUCAUGACUGUAGUUUUAAGGAAAUCAGCAGUUGCUCUCCGUAUAUGGAUCCCUGACAUCCAUCUAUAUAGCCGAAUAGUUUAAAUGUAUCUGACAAUCUACCUGAUGAGUUACACGUGGCAUUCUGGGGCUCAGGUGGCCCAUCCAAUACUACUCGAACUCCGCUUGUGAAAUUUGCUUCUAUUUUUCUUUCUUUCCUGCGGUGUCUGUAUCAUCAAUCAAUGACCCUAUUUUAUUUUGUAGCGUUGUAGCUGAAUUCUUGCCAUUUACAUUAUGUGCUGUGGCCUAAUGAGGCCACAAAGGCUUUCUUCACGUUUGUGUGGUUUGAUUAGCUGCUGAGAUCAAAGCCGAAACAUGUGCUGUUUUAAUCUCUCAAUGGGAUUUUCAUCUAUUUAUAACCACGUGUGUCUUGAUCUUUUUAGUAGAUGAUUUAGUGAUGUUUCUUACCUGUGAAUGCAAGAUCAUUUGUCCCCCUUUUUUUUUUUUUGCUUUUCUGUUUUAUACAAAAUUAAACUAUUAUGAAACAAGACAUAAACUUGCAUAUUUAUGGCAGACAAACACACAAAAUAUACAUUUUAUAUUGCAGAGUGUUCGCUGAGCUUUUUUUCUGCCAAUACAGUGCACAAAAUCAGUGCAAUGGGGAUGUAGGUAUGUAAUAAUUCAGCUCAGGGUAAUCUACGGGCAAUAUUGCGACACAUCUGGACUUCCAAAUCAUCCUGGUUUGAGUUUGUAAAAGUAUUAAACUGUAUCUCUAUAUCUAUAGUAACCUUGAAAGUGAAUUAUAAUGCAAUAGCUGUGUCAAUUUAUCCUGAUAAUACACAGCAGAUUGCAGUGAGGAGCAUGGCAAAUGUAUAGGGAAAACAUGCUGAACAACAAAUUAUUAGCUUUAUGUUUGGAUUCCAAAACUUUUCCUGUCCUUCUACACAUGGGAACAUUAUUUUCUAUACACAAAUAAGCCCUCUGGAGACACCACUGCUUUUGAAAUAUAUAGUAUAUGUAGUAAUAUGAUUCAGUAUGUUGGAGUAUGGUAGUUUUUAAAGAUGAGGGUGAUGUUUGUGUACAGGUUGUAUGUCUUAGAGCAUGUUUGCAGGUGUGAGAACAUUGUACUAGCUAGUUCAACACUAUGCUGUAGAAGGAUAGACCAUCUUCGGCACUCCAGACAUCUCCCAUAAUACAUUUGCCAUAGAACCUGCCUAGAAGCACAAUGAAAAUAUAUAGAGCAGUGAUGGGCAGUAUGUAUAAUUUGUGGUGACCACAGCAUACAGGCAGCAAUGUAUUUACAUGCGAACAAGGCAUUUGCCUUUGGCGGCAAAAAACGCCGCCCCCAAAUGCCCAGGUAAAUGCCUUGUUAGCCCCGUUUUUAAGAUCAUCCAGUUGAGUUCCAGGCGGCCCAGCAGUGAUGCCUGGAGCUGGGAUAUGACAUCACUCCGGCUCCCAGCAUCACUCUGCGGCAUGCGAGGGAGCUGAGCAGGCAGAGCUCACAAAUCAGAGCCCGCCUUCCUGCCCAGCAGCCCAAACAGCCUGGCCAGCAGCCCAGGUAAAACAAUCCACUCAGCACUCUCAAAGGUAGGGAGGCUGGGUGGAUUUAAAUUAAAAUAAACAAAAAAAUAACAAUAAUCUGUGUUGGGUGGAAAGUGUGUGUGUGUGUGUCUGAGUCAUUGUGUCUGUCUGUGUGUAUCUGAGUCAGUGAGUGUGUGUCUGUCAGUCAAAGUGUGUUGUUAACAAGAAAAGGUGUGGCCUUGACAGGAAGGGGUGGGGCAAAUUUAAAUUGGGGUAUGCCCGAGUUCCGUCAUGCCUAGGGCAGCACAGAUCCAAAAUACACCACUGCAUACAGGUAGCCUGUUGGCAAGCUCGACAACAUUCCAGUCCACAAGUAAGGUAAAAAAGAAGGGCAGCAAUCACAGUUAGGUAGUUGGGCACCACAUAAAAUACCAUGCAAAACAAAGGGUACAGAAGGAACAUAAUUUGCCCAAUAAAAUGUCGGAAAUGUAAAGUUUGUUAAUAACAGCUCUACACAGUGUGUGGUUUUGUUAGUAUAUUAUAAAUAAAGCACAGGUACUGUAUAUGCAUAUUCUUCAAUAUAGACUUAUCAUGGGAUAAAUUGGGAUUAAUUCCUUCUGAUUUACAGACCAUACUUAAAAUGGCUCUGUCACUUCAAAUUUACUUUUCUCCUAUUUCCUCUUCUCUUCCGCUUUCAAAAUCUGUUCUUCUUUUCUUAAAGGAGCACUAUAGGGUCAGGAACACAAACCCAUAUUUCUGAUCCUGUUGUGUUAAAACCACCAUCUAGCCCUACUGGUCCCCUCUUACCACCCUAAAUAUAGUAAAAUCUUACUUGUAUUCAAGUCUCCAGUUGCUACCUCUGCUUCUAUCUGCUGACAUCAUCAAAAGUUGUGGUCUGAGCCAAUCACAGUGCUUCCUCAUAGGAUUGGCUGAGACUGUCAAGGAGGGAGAUCAGGGGCAGAGCCAGCACAAGUCAAACACAGCCCUGGACAAUCAACAUCUCCUCAUAGAGAUUAAUUGAAUCAAUGCAUCUCUAUGAGGAAAGUUCAGUGUGUGCAUGCAGAGGGUGGAGACACUGAAUGGCAGUGCUGCACAUUAGACAGGACUGCUUAAAGGGACACUCCAGGCACCCAGACCUCUUCUGCCCAUUGGAGUGUUCUGGGUGCCAACUCCCACUACCCUUAACCCUGCAACUGUAAUUAUUGCAGUUUAUAAAAAACUGCAAUAAUUACCUUGCAGGGUUAACUCCACCUCUAGUGGCUGUCUACUAGACAGCCACUAGCGGGCACUUCCUGCUUCAUAGCACACGCUGUGUGAGGACCUCCAGCGUCGCUCAAUUCCCCAUAGGAAAGGCAUUGCCGCGCAUACGCAUUAGGUUUCCUCAGCCGGCAGGCGGGAUCAGUCUCGCCCACCGGCUGACAUAAUUACUGGGAGGAGCAGCGCGACCCGAAACCACCGCCGAGGGACAUCGGCGGGGUCUCAUGUAAGUGACCUGAAGGGGUUUUCACCUGGAGUUUCCCUUUAAGGAAGAAGCUCUAGCAGCCAUUUGAGGAGUGACCAGUGAAGUUAUCACUAGGCUGUAAUGUAAACACUGCAUUUUCUCUGAAAAGACAGUGUUUACAGUAAAAACCCUGAAGGGAAUCAUUCUUCUCUCCAGAAAAAAAUGCAAUAAGCUGUAGUUGCCCUAGUGACUAUAGUGUAACUUUAAUUUCUGAUCUAUUUCUCUCUUUAAAAGCCAAGAAAAGUAGUCAAGGCAACAAAGUAGUCAAAAUAACAGAGUGCGGAGCUUGCCUUAAUCAAAGUAGAGACAAAGUAGAUUCUGUUUUAAAGAGAAAUUGAUCAGCAGAGAAGAGCAGAUUCUGAAGGAGGAAGAGAAGAGGACACAAUAGGGGAAAGAUAAGUUUGAGGUUACAGAGCCACUUGAACAGACAGUAUAUUAGUUCACAUAUAAUUUUGUCUGUGUUGUGUGAUCUUAGUUUUUUUUUUACGUACUUAUUUUAUUAUCCCAUAGAAUGAAUGGAAAUUAUGUUUAUUCUGAAUGCAGCCGAUUGUAAUAUUUUGUGUUGUAAACAUUGUCCAAUUUUACUUUUGUUGUUUGUCACCCGUUAUAUUUAUUACAACCCCUCCAAAAGGUUUGUUUAGCAUCAUAAGAAAUGUAGUUCUCACAAACCUUUGAAAUGCUGAGGUUAGCUACCAUUGUCUUAUUAAAAUUCGCUAUUCACAUUCUUGUAAUUCAUUGAGUAUAAAACAAAUUCACUCUUUUCUCUCUUACCUAUUUUAUAGACGUAAGCAGUGAUGUUCUUUGUUGUCUGGGUGAUUGUAUUUCCUAUUUCAAUUAGUGUAUCCUCAUUAAUCAACAUUUCUUUUAGUAUCUUGCUUUAUUUCUGGUGCCUGGGAAACUGGGUCCUUUUAUUUUGUCAUUUAGAAAGUGUACAGUGAAUGAGAUUAUGUAAUGUUCUUGAUUGCAUAAAAUGUUCCUGUUCUAACACUUCAAGGGAGAUUGUGCAAGAGUCCUAGUAAAAAAACAAAAGUGGGAUAUUUGAAAUAAAUGGUGUGUAUAUAUAAUUGUGUGUAUAUAAAAUAUAAUUGUGUGUAUCUCUUAAUAACGGUUUUGGUAAAUAGAUUUGGCGAAGCUGGAUAUCCUUUAAGUAAUGUUAUUUUGUUUCUUGUAGAGAACUGCAAUGGGAAAUACAUCUCUCCGUUCCAUGACAUACCCCUGUAUGCAGAUGAAGAAAAGGUUAGUGUUCUUAUGUGGGAUGCAAACUUGGGCAGAAUAUUGUUGACGUGACUGUAAAAAAUGUAAAGGGACACUCUCAUGUAGUUGUUUUGGUGUAUAGAUUACACCCCUGCAGUCUCACUGCUCCUUUCUCUGCUAUUGGGAGUUAAAUUGCUUUUGUAUAUGUAAUCCUAGCCACACCUCCCCUGGCUGAGACCCAUACAGCCUCUCUACACACUUCCUGAAAACAAGCCUGCAUUUUCUUGCUUCCCUUACUGCACAGUGUGUUUCAUUUAGAAUUGCUCAUCUCCUGCUCUGUUAAAUACCUGCCAGUGAAAGUAAACACACUGUGUUUGUGUAAAAAUAAAACCUUUGUGUUCUUGCAAUAUCCUUUUUAACCCGCUCCAAAAAGGUCAGUGCAGAACACUUUAAGGUCAAGGUUCAUCACCUCAGAGGGCUAUGGUAUAUUAUCAAAAUUAACACCACUGGGAGGCGACAAGUUCUUACUCAAGUGUAAAAUUAUGGAUUUCCAGAAUCUGGGUAAAGUGCAGGAAUAAUGGCUGCAUAAACAAAUUCUGGACCUUGUUGAACAGGAAAAUAGGACUUUAUUGUAUAAAAACAACCUCAGCAACAGUAUGGGGAUUGGGGGAGUACAGCCAGUUGGAUGUGUUUCGAGCAGCUCAUUACUUCUUGCGAGUGUCAAUGUUUGUGGAUCUUACCAAUAGCUUUUUUUUUUUUUUUAUGUGGUGUAUUGUCCUUAAAAAUAAAUCACCCGGUGUUCAUAGCUUGGGAGAAGUCAGAAGAUGUUUGGCACCAGCUUUGUUCACUAGGUUUAUGGGGAUUCCCAUUUGGGUUUUUUCAGUCAUCCUCUUCUAGCAUAUGUGAAAGAGUAGAUGAACAAGUCUCUAGCUUUUCUUAUUUUAGUGACCAAACACUUUUUUUUUUUUUUUUUUAAAGCAAAUUAAAUGUCCAUAAUUGAAAAAGCCAUAAAACCUGCAGUUUAAUCAAAAUAAGUAUGAUGUAGCAUUAUCCAGCGAGACUGGAAGAAAAUAUGAUUAUUCUUAACCACAUUCUCUUCGUUUCAAUUAGAUGACUUUGUCGUCUUCCAAGCCACAGAUAUCAGAUUUACGAAUCCCCAGCAAAAAAAAAAAGUGCUUAUUAUGCAUAAUAGGGUGGUGUAUAGAUAAGAGUCACAUGAGAUGUGCUUUUGCAUAUGCCUGUAUAUUAGGCUAUGGAAAUGUUUUAGCCACUGCUGCAAUGUUUGCUUGCUGUGAAUUAAUCCAUAGCCAGCAACUGUUGUGGUGUAAUCCCUGAAUGAAGAUAAAUGGUACUCAAACUACAGUCUCCUCUCAUUAGAAUGCAAACCACAGAGAAAACUGAGUAUUUUUAUAUAUCAUCUUUGGGGAACUAAUCAGCAAAGUAUUCAUUUGAGUGUUGCCUUAUAAAUCAAAUUUCUACACUCAUGUCCCUACAGUGAUGACAUUGCUGCCACCACUAAAUACUGGAAGUGCUUAUAUAUGGUAGAGCUAUAGAUUAUUGUGAUACAAAAAAGGAGAUAGGUGUAGCGCUAUAUACAUACAUACAAUAGGGCUGAACCUAGUAUGUGGGAAAAAAAACGUCCCGAUGAGAAUAGUCCGAAUACCAUAUACAGUAAACCUAAAACAAAGGAAAAAGAGCUCCGAUAGUGUAACACUGUAAAGCUAAAUCGUAAUAAAUACCAAAAACAGUAAUGCACUCACAUUCUCCUGAGCUUAACGCCAAGCUCAGGGAUAAACAUAUGUAGGUCCGUAAAGACGACCUUCCCCUUCUUCUAACCGGGUAGUCUUGUCUAAUCGCCUCUAGGUCUCAAAAAAAAUAUAUGGUGUAGAACGUCUAUACAAAAUUAUCCUACUUCUGGUGCAUAAUAUACUCACAAAAGCAGAGCCUCUAUAUCGGCCCUGUCUCUGCACGUUGAAUCAACAGUUGGACUCUUUAAAGCAGGAACCAACCAGCCCACAGUAUCAGUGAAGAAUUAAUUUUAUUACAAAAAAGGAUAUAUUAAACCCUUAAUAAUAUAAAACACAAAAUAGUAUAAAAUAUUAUAAAAUAAAUAAAACAGUAAUUAAUGGGCAUUAAAAUGUAUCAUUCACUCCUUCCCAGAACGCGUUUCACCGUAACUCCGACGGCUUCCUCAGCUGGGUCCAAUGUGUCUUCCCAAAGUGUAAUUAUCCUGCUUUUAUAGUCCUCUCUUCUGCUCUGCUGUUCAAAAAAGGGCGCGCAUAUCCUCUUGACGCCCGAUCAGUACUUGCGUUCCACACCUCAUUCCCUUCUCCGGAUCACUUCCGCAUAUGAUGUCAUCUCUAUCAAUCAUGUGAACUAAUACCGGGCGUCAUAUGCAAGUACCGUUCAUCGUAUCAAGUCCACAAUCAAAUAGUAGAAAAGAACAAGAAUGAAAACGAAGACAAUAAAUAUCCCAUAUCACAUUAAAUCUACAAAAAUUCACGAUCAAGAAAUCCCGUGGGAAAUAUCCCCUUACUCUAAUUCAGCAUUCCUCCAGAGGAAACUGUUACAGUUAAACACACCAAUAAUGGUUACAUUCCCUCUACAUUACAUAUAUGUUACAUUAUAUUAGAGACCGGAAAAUGAACAAUACUUUUUUAAAUGAAGGGAAAAGGUUUUAUGGAUGUGGCUAUUGUUUAGCUUGCAAGACGACAGGGAAUAAAAAAAGAAGUUUAACGCAUUUUAAAAGUAAGGAAGAUUUUAAGAUAAGGGAAAUGCUAACGUGUUAUACAAAGAAUGUUAUUUAUGUUCUACAGUGUCCCUGCGGUCUGAAUUAUGUGGGGAAAACGACUCGGGCCCUACAUAUUCGGAUAGAGGAACAUAGUAGAAACAUUAUGAAAGGAGCAGAUAACCAUAGUGUACCUGCACAUUAUAAACAAUUUCAUAAUCAGUCCCCUUUAGGUUCCUUAUUUUUAGGUAUUAAAAAAGUCUCAAAAGAUUGGAGAGGAGGCAAUUUUAAUCAAAAACUCAGUAGGGAGGAAAUGAGAAUGAUUUUUGAGUUGAAUACCCUCACUCCCUACGGUCUUAAUACGGAUUUUGAAAUCUGCCACUUUUUAGAAGGAUAGCUUAGUCUGUAUAAAUAUAUAUUUAUUCCUUUUUUUAAUAUGAGAUGUCUUAUUCUUCCAUUCUCCAUCCUUCACAUAUAGUCCCCCUAUAUUAAAACCAAUUUUGAUAGUAUUUUGUCCUUUAUCACAGUGUAGAUUGUAGGAUUUGUUAGAGAUAUUAUAUGAAAGGGACUGACAGUGUGCAGCAACUAGAUACAUUGUAUAUUUUAUAAUUGUGUCAUUUGAUGGAAUUAUACUUUCUAACCGUUGUAAUACUCUAUAUGUAACAUAUAUGUAAUGUAGAGGGAAUGUAACCAUUAUUGGUGUGUUUAACUGUAACAGUUUCCUCUGGAGGAAUGCUGAAUUAGAGUAAGGGGAUAUUUCCCACGGGAUUUCUUGAUCGUGAAUUUUUGUAGAUUUAAUGUGAUAUGGGAUAUUUAUUUUCUUAGUUUUUUCUCCCUGUAUAGCAGAACCUGUUUAUUAUCAUUCUUGUUCUUUUGUACUAUUUGAUUGUGGACUUGAUACGAUGAACGGUACUUGCAUAUGACGCCCGGUAUUAGUUCACAUGAUUGAUAGAGAUGACGUCAUAUGCGGAAGUGAUCCGGAGAAGGGAAUGAGGUGUGGAACGCAAGUACUGAUCGGGCGUCCAGAGGAUAUGCGCGCCCUUUUUUGAACAGCAGAGCAGAAGAGGACUAUAAAAGCAGGAUAAUUACACUUUGGGAAGACACAUUGGACCCAGCUGAGGAAGCCGUCGGAGUUACGGUGAAACGCGUUCUGGGAAGGAGUGUAUGAUACCUUUUAAUGCCCAUUUAUUACUGUUGUAUUUAUUUUAUAAUAUUUUAUACUAUUUUGUGUUUUAUAUUAUUAAGGGUUUAAUAUAUCCCUUUUUUGUAAUAAAAUUAAUUCUUCACUGAUACUGUGGGCUGGUUGGUUCCUGCUUUAAAGAGUCCAACUGUUGAUUCAACGUACAGAGACAGAGCCGAUAUAGAGGCUCCGCUUUUGUGAGUAUAUUAUGCACCAGAAGUAGGAUAAUUUUGUAUAGACGUUCUACACCAUAUAUUUUUUUUUUGAGUCCUAGAGGCGAUUAGACAAGACUACCCGGUUAGAAGAAGGGGAAGGUCGCCUGUACGGACCUACAUAUGUUUAUCCCUGAGCUUGGCGUUAAGCUCAGGAGAAUGUGAGUGCAUUACUGUUUUUGGUAUUUAUUACGAUUUAGCUUUACAGUGUUACACUAUCGGAGCUCUUUUUCCUCUGUUUUAGGUUUACUGUAUAUGGUAUUCGGACUAUUCUCAUCGGGACGUUUUUUUUCCACAUACUAGGUUCAGCCCUAUUGUAUGUAUAUAGCGCUACACCUAUCUCCUUUUUUUGUAUUUCUCUUUGUAUUGAUGUAAGUAAGAAAGAUUGCAUCCAGGUGUUACAGCAGCUUUUUUUAGUGUUUGGACUAGAGAGUGUUUUAUUCUGUUUUAGCGCCAGUAUAUUGUUUUUAUAGAUUAUUGUGGUUUAUGAUAAAAUAGUGUACCUAUAGACUGUAAGCUCAUUUGAGCAGGGCCCUCUUCAACCUAUCGUUUCUGUAAGUUUUCUUGUAAUUGUCCUAUUUAUAGUUAAAUCCCCGCUCUAAUAAUAUUGUAAAGCACUACGGAAUCUGUUGGCGCUAUAUAAAUGGCGAUAAUAAUAAUAAUCCGCUGGUCAAAGAUAAGACGAGAUGGAAGAGCCUUUCGGCUUUUAAAGACAAUGUAUAAUUUAGUAAACCUGACUGGGUGGAAGAAAAUGAUCAAGUGUGUUUUGUUCUUACUUAUGUAGGUCUACUUAUCACUGCAGACUUCUUAUUUUAAGAACAGUUAGAAUGUUACUGAUUUAAAAGCCGCUUUGAGAAACCAGUGUGCAACAGGAAAUCAAUAGCUUCUUGCAGCUAAGCAUAGGCUCACAGGUAUACUGUUUUGAUAAACCAGUACUCAACAUAAAAUCGAUGGGUUCAUGUAGCAGAGCAUAACUUAAGCAUUUAGACCAGCAGCUUUUAAAGUAUUUUUUACAUAACUUUUCCCUUUCUCAUAAAUGUGCUUGACUGGCAAAUUAUGAGAAUCUUAUCAAAUUCAACUAUAACGGAUGCUAUAGCUAUAGCAAAUUCAACUUCUAUAUAUAUUCCAAAAAUCCUCGGCACUUACCCCUUCCGUUUUUUUUAAGCCUCGGUGCAACCAGCGUACUAUAUAUAUUUUGAAAUUGUAAAGUCUUUAAAGAUAUAUUUGUAGUUAUUCAAAUUGUGUGUGUGUGUGUGUGUGUGUGUGUAUAUGUAUAUAUGUGUAUAUAUGUAUGUAUGUAUGUGUGUGUGUGUGUGUGUGUGUGUGUGUGUGUGUGUGUGUGUGUGUGUGUAUAUAUAUAUAUAUAUAUAUAUAUAUAUAUAUAUAUAUAUACACACAAAGAAUAUGAUUGUGUGUGUGUGUGUGUGUGUGUGUGUGUGUAUAUAUAUAUAUAUAUAUAUAUAUAUAUAUAUAUAUAUAUAUAUAUAUAUAUAUAUAUACAUAUACAUAUACAUAUACAUAGAGGUGCACUUGUAGGUCUUAAUUUAAGUGAUAUUUAUUCAAUAAUAUUCAUUCAAAUAUAAAGUCCCGAUCAAUGUUUUGACCCUUCAGGGUACACACACAAUUUGAGUCACUACAAAUAUAUCUUUAAAGACUUUUCAGUUUCAAAAUUACUGCGUGUUUUGCAAUGUAAAGAGUCUACGCAGAUUCAAGGGUCACUAUAGACUUCAAAACAACUUUAGCUUAAUGGAGCAGUUUGUUGGUGUUUAGAUCAUUCCUCUUCAGUCUCGCUACUCAGUUCUCUGCCAUUUAGGAGUUAAAUCACUUUAUUUAUGCAGCCCUAGUCACACCUCUCUGCAUCUGACUUACACAGCCCUCCUCAACACUUCCUGCAUAGAAAGAGAUAAUUGUUAAGACACCCCUGGUGUCUUUAAGGGAAACCGCCGUUUAGUUCACCUUCCCCUUUCGCAAUUCAGUAAACCGUUCGCAUCAAUUAUAAUCCACGAACCAUAACCAGGGGAAGCGGUAAUCUCCCGACCGGGAUCCGUGAAAGCCUCCAAACUCCCGAUGGAAAUCCACGAACUGCUGCUAGCCGCCGAACAACGAUAUCCACCAAACUGCUUUCGGUUCCAUCCAGCAGUCUUUAAACGCAAAGAAGAAAUCCCCCCCAAUAACAAGACAGAAGCUCCGCAUUGAGGGUCAAACAGGAUCUGGCUUUACUGUGGGCUACCUGCCCGUAUUUAUGCAGGUCUCCCACUUGGUGGACACUCCCCUAGGGGACCAAAUGGGAGACUGGAAUUACAGAUGGACAUGAAGACAUUCCAGACAUACAGUCACAGCUUUUACCCACAAUGCAAUAUGGUUUCCUCCCUUCUGCCCUGGAGAUAAUUGAGAAGUAAUUCAAUUAUCUCCAGGACAAAGACAAAUCGUCAUCUUAAAUACAAUACUAGAAAAUACAUAAAAAUAUAUAACUUUACAAUAACCGAACAUUUCACAUUCGCAUCACAUAUCCCCAGAUAGCCUGGAUCUGAGUGCAUAUUAUUAGCGAAUAGCGCUCAGAUCCCACACACAUAGUUCAAUCGCCAUGGAGUCAAAGUUCUUACAGUCUUUCGGUAUGCGAUUGACUCCAUGGGAAGGCUAUCUGGGUUAAGUCCUUUUGUGUGUUUCAAAACUCCCGAACGGCCGGUGUUCGUAUGCUUUCGUGGAGGCAGCCAGGCGUUCCGUUGUUUCAGCGGUGUUCGGCAGAAGAAGUGUCCGUUUUUAGUUCCAUGAAAAUAGAGCCGAACACCGCCGGGCUUUUGCGUGUUUUAAAAUGGCCGCUGCCUCGUGGUCGACAUACGAACGACGACCACCCUGAAUUUGGUUUAAUUGAGAAGUGUCUGCGGUUAACCACAACGUUCUAAUUGGGAUCAAGAGGUUAACCAGCAGCACACUUCUCUCCUGGGUGGCCAUCCAUUCGUUAGUUUUGUUCUGGAAAAACAGUCAUUCAUAUGGCUGGGCUAUAGGAAACAGCCAUUUACACGAACGGGGCAAAAACAGACGAAUCCACCGCAAUAACCAGACAGAUGGUUCUGUCACAAUAAUGUUUAAUUUACCAACAAUUAAUGUAUCUAAAAUGUAAUUUAGAACAAGAACAAUGUAUUUUAUUUACACAGACUGAUAUCUAAACACAUUUAUUGUUUUUCAAAGACUCAUUGCUGGGAGUAUUAUUGCUGUGGAGCUCUGUUAUACACUAAUACACCAACAGUAUGGAACUCCCAGAAAAGAGGGACAGAUGAAUUGGGCCUAUAGGUACUGUACAUCCUAAAUAGGGACACUUGGCAGGUAUGCUAAAACUGCUUUAUUAGAGGAACACUAUAGUCACCAGAACAACUACAUCUUAAUGUAGUUGUUCUGAUAAGUAUAGAAUGCCCCUGCAGCUUUUUUUGCAUUAAACACUGCCUUUUCAGAUAAGUUAAAUUUUAUUACUUUAUAUGGGGGCGGGGGGGAGGAAAGCCACCUAAAUGGUGGUUUUGUCACUAUAGGGUCAUGAACAUAUUUUGGUUUUUGUUCCUGACCCUAUAGUGUUCCUUUAAGCUAAAUUUAUUUAGAUGCUUAUAGUCCUUGUUAUGUUGCUACAAGCAAGUUUAUGUGGGGAACAUAACUGCUAUAUUAGGUAGGCUUGCAUUUGUCCAUGUGUCAAGACCAAUCUCGCCACAUUGCAUUGGAGAAGCCUGGUUGCUCGCCUGUUGCCUUUGGAUUAUGGCUCCAUGUUAAAAGGCUUGAUUUUCCCCAUGCAAAGACAAGAAAGCCGGGUCAUUUGGUGCUUGCCCUGUUUGAGCAGUGAUACCCCAGAUAGCUAUGCCAUGGAGCCCAUUCGUAUAAUGAAAGACUUUGGCUCCAUGGCAAUUGAACUGUAUGUGUGUGCUCUGAGCGCCAUUCAGUAAUAAUGUGCGCUCAGAUCUGAGCUAUCUGGGGAUAUGUUGCAUGUCUGUAUUUUAUGUCAUAAAUGUAACCUUGUGUAUUUUAUUGUAUUUUACUGUCUUUUUGCUGCCAUGUGUUCAAUGGAGUUUUACCUCUGUCUUUGGAGAUAAUUGGAUUACUUCACAAUUAUCACCAGGAUAGAAGACUCUGUGGAACUGGUUUUGGGACAAAAAGCCAUGCUUCCUGUGGUCACAAAGGACUUCGAUCUAUCUUUUGAACCACUGGACCAAUUUGUAUGAUUUUUGACGUAUGUUUGUAUUUGGAGUAUGCUGAUUCUGAAAAUUUAUGUUUUAUGUGAAUGUGAUGCAUACUUUUCAAGUUAUGAAUAAUGUGGAGAAAUUGGAUUUCUCUGCUUGUGCUAAAUUACAUUACCCAUUGUGUAAGGUAAUUGAAUCACAAGCAGAGAGGAGGAAUUUGUGUGGGAGUGUCUGAGUGUAUAUUGGUUGUGUUCCAAAACCCUGUGGGUGGUACUAAUGUGUAAGAAUGUGUACAUAAGGACAAUAAACCCACAGCUCUGACUGUUCACUGCUUGACCCUCAACACGGAGCUUUGUUUCGUUCUUGGGGGGAUUUAUUGUAUGCUGUUCCAGUUCGACUGCUAAGAGAGUAAACCUAUUCGGAUGGUUUUUCCUAUUCGGCUGCUUACGGCAUUCAUAUGGUUUCCUGUUCGGCGGAUUGGUGUUCUGCAGUAGCUGUGCCUGUAUCUCUGGAAGGGGAAGAUCUCCUAAACGGCGGUUUAACCCUUUUAUGCUGAGGGUGCCGUUACAGUCCAAGUUAACUGUUACUACAAUCCCUCUUAUGUUCAAUGGCUUUAGUUUUGUGUGUUUUUUUGUUUUUCUUUGCUUUAUGAAUUUGUUUUGUAUCUUACAUUUUUUAUUUUUUUAUUUUAGUGUUUUUAGAAAUGCACGUUAACUGUUUUUAUUAGCAUAUUUAUAUUCUUGCUAUAUCAUUUAGAAGCCCAGGCCAUUCAUCAUCACCUUUUCACUCAUACUGUUUUAUUUGUAUUAAGUGCUGCAAGUACAUUUUUAGCAAAACAAGGAGAUUUUUACAAAUGUAAACAAAUCCACAUACAACAAAAGCCUUUUCGGUUCUAUUUCUUUUGACCUGUUUGUGAUUUGCUGGGUAAUCUCACUUCAUCUAUAUUGCUUUACUGUAUUCAGUUUGUGUUUCUUAUUUACAUAUUCAUCUGAAAACACCUUGUACUAAUAAACAAGAGAUGUAGUCCCAAAAUAUAAUUUUAAUGUAGAUAAAAUCCUGCUACUGAAAAGAAUACAUAUUUUGUAAUAUUAUUAUUAUGUUGUUAUUUAUAUAGCGCCAACAAAUUCCGCAGCGCUUUACAGUGGGUGGACGAACAGACAUGUAGUUGUAACCAGACAAGUUGGACCCACAGGAACAGAUUUACAUUCUAUGUAUCAUAAUUCAUAUCUUUGUAUAAUGAUUUACUACUCCCUAAAGGAAUCCUUGCAUUUUUUUUGUUUAUGUAUAAGCAUUAAAUAGAUUUCACAUGUAUCGUGUUUUCUGCCAAUCUGUUAAUAACCCCUUAGCGACCCAGGACGGUUCAGGACCGUCAUCGGCAUUUUUGCCUUGAGGACCGAUGACGGUCCUGAACCGUCCUAACGGUUCUAUUUACUUACCUGAUCACCGUCGUUCCCCCGGCGGCGAUAAGCGGUGCUCCCGUUGUGGGGAGACUGCCUGCAGCCCAGACAGUCUCCCCACACUGAAUUAGGACCCCUGUGGCCAUGUGAUCGCUCAACAGAGCGAUCACAUGGUCACAAUAGGUGUCCAUGUGUCUGCCUGCAGGGGGACUGCCUGUGCUGACAGGCAGUCUCCCUGCUAGUGUAAAAUCAGAAAAUAAAAUAAAGUUAGUGUUAAUUAAAAAAAUAAUAAUAAUUAUAUAUGUGUAUAUAUGAUAUAUAGACAUAUAUUAUAUCUAUAUAAUAUAUGUCUAUAUAUCCUAUAUAUAUAAUGCCAUACUAAGUGUAUUUUUAUAUUAAUAUGUACUUAUAUUAAUAUAAAAAUACACUUAUAAUUAAAUUACACACGUAUAUAUAUAAUAUAUAUAAUAACUAUAUAUAGUAUAUAUAUAUUAUUAUAAAAUAUAAAUAAUACAUUUAAAUUAAAUAAAAAAUUUUUAAAAUAAUAAUAAAAAAUAAAAAAAAAUUAUAUCUAUAUGAAAUUUUAUUCUAACUGUAUUUUAAAAUUAAUAUAUAUAUAUUUAUAUCAAAAUACACUUAGAAUGAAUUUGUAUAUAUAUCUAUGUAUAUAAAAAUAAUAAGAAAUAUACAUAUGUCCAUAUACAAAAUUACAUAAAUAAUUAUAUAAAUAUACACGUAGACUUCAGAUAUAUAAAUAUGCAUAUAUAUUUAAAUUCUACGUGCGUAUUUAUGUAAUAGUUCAGUACAUAAUUCAGUAAUUUUAUUGAUUGCAAUUUAAGGGACCUGCCUGCCAACCCAGGCCGAAAUUCCAGAGAAUUGAAUUUGCUAGCACUGUAUUUUACCCUGUAACGUUCUACGACACCCUAAAACCUGUACAUGGGGGGUACUGUUUUACUCGGGAGACUUCGCUGAACACAAAUAUUAGUGAUUCAAAACAGUAAAACAUAUCACAGCGAUGAUAUUGUCAGUGAAAGUGACUUUUUGCAUUUUUCACACACAAACAGCACUUUUACUGAUGAUAUAAUUGUUGUGAUACGUUUUCCAGUUUUUAAACACUAAUAUUUGUGUUCAGCGAAGUCUCCUGAGUAAAACAGUACCCCCCAUGUACAGGUUUUAUAGCAUUUUUGAAAGUUACAAGGUCAAAUAUAUGGGUCAAAUAUUUUUACAUUGAAAAUGGCCAGGUUAGUUACGUUGCCUUUGAGAGCGUAUGGUAGCCCAGGAAUGAGAAUUACCCCCAUGAUGGCAUACCAUUUGCAAAAGAAGACAACCCAAGGUAUUGCAAAUGGGGUAUGUCCAGUCUUUUUUAGUAGCCACUUAGUCACAAACACUGGCCAAAAUUAGCGUUCAAUUUAGUUUUUACUUUUUUCACACACAAACAAAUAUGAAUGCUUACUUUGGCCAGUGUUUUCGACUAAGUGGCUACUAAAAAAGACUGGACAUACCCCAUAUUGAAUACCCUGGGUUGUCUACUUUUAAAAAAAAUAUGUACAUGUGGGGUGUUAUUCAGAGAUUUAUGACAGAUAAUAGUGUUACAAUGUCACUAUUGAUAAAUUUUAAAAAUGUAUGUUUUGAAACCGCAAUAUCCUACUUGUACCUAUAGCCCUAUAACAUGCAAAAAAAGCAUGUAAACACUGGGUAUUUUUAAACUCAGGACAAAAUUUUGAAUCUAUUUAGCAGUUUUUUUAAUUUGCUUUUGUAGAUGAGUAAAAGAUUUUUCAAGUAAAAGUCAAAAAACAUGUAUUUUUUUCAAUUUUUCAUCAUAUUUUUUUAUUUUUUUAAAAUUAAAAUACAUGAGAUAAUAUAAAUAAUGGUAUGUAAAGAAAGCCCCUUUUGUCCUGAAAGAAACAAUAUAUAAUUUGUAUGGGAACAGUAAAUGAGAGAGCGGAAAAUUCCAGCCAAACACAAACACCACAAAAGUGUAAAAAUAUGCCUGGUCGCAAAUGUACAACAUCGCAAAAACAGUAUAGUCCGUAAGGGGUUAAAAUGUAUAAUGUUUACCAGAGUUAAUAAUCAGAAUAAAAUGAGAUUCAAUUAUUAAACAAACCGGUUUUACCCAUACAAACUUGUUUUUAGCUGAUACUUCUUAAGGUUGUUUUGUUUUGUUUUUUUGCAUUUGAUACCAGUUGGUUUUGUAGCAAAAUGAAAGGAAGGUACAGCCAAUUGUGUAAAAUGAAAAUGCAUAAUAAUAUGACUGACAAAUGGUGCUUUCCAUCGGUAUACUAAAUUAUCAAACAGUCUCUCUGGCUUUGGUGUGCCAGCUAGCUCAGCCAGCGGGCAAAUAGUUCUUCGGAUUAUCAUUCACUUGCUAAAAAGCAAUUAAACGGUCAUUUUUAAAUGUGCAUACUGCAUUUAGAACUGAAUUGUAUUAAUAUCCGUUGUUUGUGAAUCUUCUGAAUCUUAUAUUUGGUAUAUGUUUUUUUUUUUUUUUUUAAUAUUAUUAUUGAGUUUUAAAGAAAUAUAUACAUAUAAUGUAAUAACAAUAAACAUAUCGACAAUACACAUUGAUAAUAAAUGAGUUUUAACAACAAUGAGUCUGCAAAGUUAACAACAAUAUAAUGAAGAAAAAAUAAAUAAAUAAAAAAUUUAAAAUCGGGGCGAAAAUAAUACAAAUAAACUUAAACAAUAAAAUAAUUUUGUAAAAUGGUAUAGGGUUUUUAUGUGAAAGCACUGAUUUUAAUCUGGACACCGAAUCCAUACAGUUUAUUGCAGCAGUUUUGCUUUGGUCGACCAAAUUCCAACCGUAUUUAGGUUUAGUAAAUAUAAGAAUUGCCAUAGUAAAAUCUGGUGUUUAGCGAAUAAUCCUGUUUGACUGUGUGCACCAAAACUUUGCUAUGUUGUAGUCAAAAACUGAUGCCUAUAAAUUUUGUUUCAUUAUUUAACAAAGAAAACUUUUUUUUUUUUUCUGCAGAAUAUUUUCAACAUGGUUGUGGAAGUACCAAGAUGGACCAAUGCAAAAAUGGAGGUGUGUUUAAUAUCGCAUUUAAAUUAAUUUCUCUAAACUUAAUAACUUGUCUUAUGAUUGAUAAUUGGCUUCUUACAUCCACACUCUAGUCUAGCCUAUUAGCAGCAUGUUCCUUCAGAUGCAAAUGAGCUCUGCUUUGGAUUAUGGGAAAUGCUAAAUAAGUUGAAACAUUUAAAAUAUUAAUGGAAGAGGAAGAAUGCAGAGAUGUAAAUGGUAAAAAAAAAUGAUGCGUUGUUUCUAUUUCUACUAUCAGAAAAAAAUGUGUCAAAUCUAAAGAAGAAGAAAAAAACUAUCAAUGUGUGGUUGUCAUAGGUCACUCAAAGUUUGCCUCUUUAUUUAAUCACUCAAAAUACUUAAAGGACCACUAUAGGCACCCAGAUCACUUCAGCUUAAUGAAGUGGUCUGGGUGCCUGGUCCAGCAAGGGUUAACCCUUUUUUAAAUAAACAUAGCAGUUUCAAAGGAACUGUUAUGUUUAUAAAUAGGUUAAUCCAGCCUCUAAAGCCUCUAGUGGCUGUCUCAUUGACAGCCGCUAGAGGCGUUUGUGUGCUUCUCAGUGUGAAAAUCACAGUGAGAAGACGCAAGUGUCCAUAGGAAAGCAUUAUGAAUGCUUUCCUAUGAGACUGGCUGAAUGCGCACGCAGCUCCUGCCGCGCAUGUGCAUUCAGCCGAAGAGGAGGAUCGGAGAAGGAGAGCUCCCCACCCGGCGCUGGAAUAAAGGUAAGUUUAACCCCUUUCCUCGCCAUCCAGCCCGGCGGGAGGGGGACCCUGAGGGUGGGGGCACCCUCAGGGCACUAUAGUGCCAGGAAAACGAGUAUGUUUUCCUGGCACUAUAGUGGUCCUUUAAAGGGUUUGUCAUGUAAUGAUAGCCCUGCAAAGUAAAACUAAAAAGAGCAGAGUUAAUUUCUUAGCCCAUCUAGAAUUUGUCUUUUGAACGAUUAUAUUUCGAGCACACCCUGCUAGCUGUCUAUAGGAACAUGCUGGUUGUUCUCAGCUCCUUUUGUUUGUUUUAGUGUCUUGUAAAGUAUGAUUUGAGAUGUGUGGGUUUUUUUUAUUUUUAUUUUUUUUUAGCAUUUUGUUUAUUAUUUAUUUUGUGAGAUGUUGUAUCAAUGCUUUGUAUGCACAAUAAAAUAUGUAAUACUAAAUGUGUUAAAGUGAAGUCUUUUUAUUAAAACCUUCUAUGGUAGUAAGAAGAAUGCAUAAUUACAAAUGUUUGAUCCACCUCUUUAAUUUAAAUGACCACCAUAGUGUGAGGAAUACAAACGUAUAUUCCUGACACUGUAGUGCUAAAUGUGGCACAUUAAACCUUAGUAAAACUAACUUUUUUUUUUCGUGCCAGUCUUGCCAUGGCUAGCCCUGCCAACACAAAUUUGACGAUCUCCGCCAAUCCAGUGCUUUUCCAUAGGAAGGUGUUUGGAGGCUCUUCCCAAUCAGUGCAUCUCUGAGGAUUGUUCAUCGCCUCCAUGCAGAGUGUGGAGACGCUGAAUAUCCGUGCAGGACUAACCUAGGAAGCACUUUUAGUGGCCUGACUGCCCCAAGAUGUGUUACUAGGCAGCAAUGUAAGCACAUUUACAUACUAUAUACACUCACUUUUUAAAAAAGCCGCUACCAAACUUUGGUGUCAGUUUGGGUGACAAUGCCUGCUCCCAUAGUGUGUGUGUAUGUGUCUGUGUCUCGAGCAAAAAAGCCCCAUGCAUGUAGAGAGCAAAUUAUACUUUCGGAGGAUGCUGUAUGAGACAUUAAAAUGUUGAAGGCAAUAUGUAGCUGUCAGGCAAAGAGCCCUGGGAGGUGAUGAGUCAGGGUCUGAUGUUGACCACUUCCAUAGCUCAGCAGUGGCCGUAUCAUAUUGCAAUGCCCCCUCUCCUUGCCCAGUAAGCUCACUACCAAGACAUGCCUCAGCUGGACACAAAACGCCAGAACCACCUAGUAUGACUUCACUUCCCUCUUUAGGGGUUUCAUUGGUCUCCCCCAUCUGUGUAUUUCACAUUAUCCCCUCUGAGAACCCUGCCUUCAACCAAGAGAAAGAAUGGAGCCGAUCUUUACCUUCCAAAUCCCCCUAUAACAGCUAUGGGUCAAGGUUAAACUAAUUUUAAAAGUGCCUGCCCAGCGCCUGGAUCUAGAUAUACCAAGUGUCAGGCAAUAGAUAUUCCACAUUGCUGAGUGAGUGCACUGGAAGAGUGGGGUUACCAUGUCUUAUCCUCUUAGCACUCUUUCUGCAGAUUGGUACAUUGGGAGUAUAGAGAAGCGGAUGGACUGUGCCUGUACUGAGAGCACAUGUAGCUCCAGGGAGAACUUCCAGUACACUGAAGUGUCUUUUAAACGUGUUAUGUUUUUUUCUUCUCUUUGUAUUUGCAGAUUGCCACAAAAGACCCUAUGAAUCCCAUCAAGCAAGAUGUCAAGAAAGGCAAGCUACGUUACGUGGCUAACGUUUUUCCUCACAAAGGCUACAUCUGGAAUUAUGGGGCAAUUCCUCAGGUACUAAAAUACUUCUGAACUGGAUGUUUUUUUUUUAUUUUUAUUUUUUUAUAGUAAUCUACUUAAAGGGUCGGUUUAUACACACUAAAACAUCACAUUACUACAAAAUGCAUUGUUCUUAGAGCACCCUGAAGCCACUCACUUUUCUGAGGGUGCCUUACAAUGGCAGUAAUUUAUUAAAAAAAUAAAUAAAUGACAUUAUAAGAGAUUCCACCAUGGCCAUCAGUCAACUUCGCUCUUGUUUGCAUUAAAGGGACACUACAUUCACCAGAACAACUACAGCUUAAUGUGGUUGUUCUGGUGAGUAUAAUAGCUCCCUUCAGGCAUUUUCACGUAAACACUGCCUUUUCAGAGAAAAGACAGUGUUUACAUUGCCCCUAGGGAGGCACUUCCUGGGUCAGUGCUGCCGAAAAAGCAGCACUGACGUUCCGCGUCCCCACGCUCUGCAUGGAGACGCUGAAAUUUUCUCAUAGAGAUGCAUUGAUUCAAUGCAUCUCUAUGAGGAGGUCUUGAUUGGCCAAAACGUCAUUUGGCCCCGCCCCGUGCCGAUUUUAGCCAAUCCAAUGCUUUCCCAAUGGGAAAGCAUUGGAUUGUCUAAAAACUGGCCAUUUUGAUGAUGUCACAAAGGGGGCGGAGCCAGCGCCAACCGACCCGCACGUCGCUGGAAAUAAGGUGAGUUUUAUACUUUUAUAAGGUGGAUAAGGGGGACAGGAACGGGGCAAGCCACGUAAAUGGAGGGUUUAACACUAUUGGGUCAGGAAUACAUGUUUGUGUCCCUGACCCUAUAGUGAUCCUUUAAGUUAGUUUAGUCAUGUUUUGCUCUCUCCUGGGGCCACAGUUUAAUGAACUGGGCUGUAUUUUUUGCUGAUAACAGCCAUGGUAUGGUGGCACAAAAGAGGAAGAGAGACGUGAGAGGUGUUACAACCUAGUAAAAAAAAGUUUGCUAAAAUCUAUUUUGUAACCAAAGAUAAACUAAAGUAUUUUCAAAAAAUAAACUGCCACCCAUUGUAAAACCUCAAUCAAAAUAUGAAUUUUAAUUGUUUUCUCUAUCAGAAGGGGUAAACUUACUGUAAUAACUCAAUCCUCAAAAUACAUCAACAUUCAGGACCAUCCCUCUCUCAGGGUUUGUUCAAACAUGCCUCUGUAGGGAAAAAUAUCCUUGCUAGAUAACUUUCUCUAAACUACAGAACAAGCAAGCAGGUUUGUUAAAGGCAAAUCCCUAUUCUGCCUUUGUAUGGAUUAAGCUAAAGUGUUUGUAUAUCCAUUUAUGAUCUGCCUCAUUAAAACAUGCUAAUUUAGCUACAGAUAUAUCGUACCCAGAAAGUUUUUACCUUUUUUUGUACAGCAUAUAUAGUCCAGUUGGAGUGGAUUGUAGACUCUAUACAAGUAAAUAGAUAUGUGUGCAGUAUGCCAGUGAAUAUAUCAUUGAGAUACCUUGGCUAAUUCUUCCAUAUAACUUUGUUAUUCCUUCUAAUGUUCUCGAAUGGAUAGUUUUUAACUCCGGUUUAUUUGUGGUAUAGGUGAUCAUUUUGUAGAAGGGAUAAAAAUUAUUGAUGUUGUUAUUGAGUUUAUUUUCCACACAGAAAGCUUUGCUAUUUAAGUGAUAUACUUACGAGGUGAUUUCGCAUGUAGCACAAUUUAUAAUAAAUGGGAGUUCACAGGCAGCAUGGGGGAAGAGAGAGGCAGGAAUGAGCUGCUGCAUACUCCCAUGCACACUCCCAGCAGUCUCGGCCUGCAUCACCAGGCCCCCAAGCAAGCCACCCCCUGGACACAAAAGUAGGGAUGCACCGAAAUGAAAAUUCUGGGCCGAAACCAGAACCGAAAAUUCAGGAUGCCUUGGCCGAAAACCAAAAAUGACCUUUUCCCCCAAAUGAUUUAAAAAAAAAAAAAAGUUUUUGUCCUAAAAUUGUAUUAAUAUUAGACUCCCUUCUCUUUUAGUGGUCCCCCUGCUUAAUGUUCCUCUCUCUCCCCCCUCCCCCCCAUGUGUUCCUCUCCUCUCCCUCUUUUUUUAGUGUUCUUUCCCCCUUUAAUUUUGUUUUCUAAUUUCGGCGCCCAUUGUCGGCGGAAAUUUCGGUGCAUCCCUACACAAAAGGUAUGCUAACAGGAGGGUGGCUGCAAAUUUAAAAAAUAUUAUGUGUGUGUGUGUGUGUGUAUAUGCAUGUGCCGAUGUCUCAUAGAAACAUAGAAUGCGAUGGCAGAUCAGAACCAUUUAGCCCAUCUAGUCUGUCCCAAUUUUCUAUAUACUUUCAUUAGUCCCUGGCCUUAUCUUAAGUCUAGGAUAGCAUUAUGCCUAUCCUAUGCAUGCUUAAACUCCCUCACUGUGUUAACCUCUACCACUUCAGCUGGAAGACUAUUCCAUGCGUUCACUACCCUCUCUGUAAAGUAAUAUUUCUUGAAAUUGUUUUUAAACCUUUGCCCCUCUAAUUUAAGACUUUAUGUCCUCUUGUUGUGUUUCGGUUUGUGUAUCUGUGUGUGGAUGUGCUAGGGUGUAUAGUUCUGUGUGUUGGUAUGUCGGAGUGUGUGCAAAUGCCAGUUUGUGUAUCUGCGUGUCAGUUUGUGGAUGUAUCAAGGUGUGUGCAUGUGUCACUGUGUUUAUAUAUGUGUGUUAAUGUGUAUGUAUAUCUGUGCAAGUAGGCAUGUGCAUACAUCACAUGAAUCCAACACAACAUACAAACACCCCCGUAAUUUCAAACUCCAAAAUUUAUAUACAAACACACCCCUUCACUCAAACACCAAUGCUACACCUAAAUGUACAUCUGUAGUUAAAAGCCAAAACUACAUCCAAACAUACUCCUGCAUUUAAAAGCCAACACUAUGUAUAAAUACACCCCUGCAUUCAAACCCAAACAUUACACACAAGUACACCACUGCAACCCAGUGCUAACAGUACAUACAAAUGCAUCGCUACAUGCAUACUUGUACUCAUACAUAAAAAAAUGCUUACAUUCAAACGCACAAACACUGCUCACAAAUGCAACCCUGCAAGGAUGGCCAAAUGUUAGAUCCACAGCUGGCAUAGCAUCAGGGGAGUUGAAUGACAGAUGGGGAUCUGUCUUUUUGCCACUAUUACGCUAAAGGCCGGGCCCAAAAAAUGUCUUGCAUCAGGGUCCUCUCUACAUUAGUUCUGCCAUUGGGUUGGGGUGGAGGGCGUUAUUGCAUCUCAGGGAUUGGGAGAGGAUGAGGUUCCAGAGCACACAAGUAAAUGCUUGCCCUGGGUCCAAUCAAUAUUAAAGAUGGCCCUGUGGAGUUACUGACAAAACUUGGUCCUUUGCUGGGUGAUGAGGACUGGUUUGGGAACCACUUCUUUAAAUGGAUGUCUGUUGUUUCUUUUUAUAUCUGUAGUAAUUCUUGGUUGGUUACUUUGAAUGUCCUGUAAUUGAUAGUUUCAAUAAGAACUUGAAAAUAUAACAAGUGCCAGAAAGUUCCUGAAAGCAAGCGUAUAAUCAUGAAACCUUUUAAACCCAUUUUUCGUGCCAUGGCAGUUCUUGUACACUAUAUUUAGUGAGAAGACAGGCUUUAUCCUAACAUUACUUGUGUGUCCUACGCCGUUUAUAGUGCUAAACUCUCAUGAAAGGACUACCAUUAUAAAGAAAGAAUGGUACUAAACAAACACUGUGAUCAUCUACAGCACACAAAUGUUGUGUUAAAAGUGACCUGAUGGAUUAUUAAAGUGUGUGUGUGUGUAUGUAUGUGUGUGUGUGUGUAUGUGUGUAUAUAUAUAUAUAUAUAUAUAUAUAUAUAUAUAUAUAUAUAUAUAUAUAUAUAUAUAUAUAUAUAUAAUUAUUAUUAUUUUUUUAUUGAGGAAUAGACUUUCCAUUGCAAAUAUAAUCAAGCACUCGUACACCUAAAUGGCAUAUAUUAGUGAGUUCACAUGAGCAAUAGGUAUGACAUUACACAUAAAACAUAAAUGUUAGACACUAAGGUCACAGGUUGUACAAGUCCUUAAUAGAAGGAAAAUAAAAAAGAGAACAAAGUUUAAGUGAUAGCAAACUGAUGGUAAAAUUGGUCCCUAUUGGAGGGCAGUCAGGAAGAGAGGUCCAUAUUCUAGAACAGAAUUCCACAUGGUGUGUUACACCUUUGUCCCAGUCAUAUCCCAACCUGACAUACAAACACUAACAUUGCUGGAUUAUGGUCAUUGAGGGGAGUCAAAAUAAUCCAGCCAUGGGCCCCAUAUUUUCACAUAUUUCUGUCUGACGCUCAUAGAAUACCAAUGAAUUUCCUCCAUCACCUGGCUUGUCCCCAGAAUGCAGGUAUGAGGAUCACGAGCAUCAGAAGCCUCCUACCAAACUGGAGAUAGUUGAUUCCAGCUGUUAAAAGUAUUGCAGGUAAAAAAACACCAUCCAAGACGAUCUUGUAGAGGUAUUCAGUCUCUGAGAUGUCUCUAUAUGAAGCACCUAAUGCCUCUGCCUCGCUCUUUUUACAAGCUGCUGUGAAAGAAAUUGGUUUGUCUCUAAUCACUGCUUGGUGUGCUCCCCAAGUGAUUAUUGGGGACAUUUUCUGAAUGAAUUUUAUUUUUCCCCCCGGAAUGCAUGUAUGAUCUGUGCUAUAGCAGGAUUGCGUAAGAAUGCUUAAUUUACAUUGCUUAGACCUGUGUAGGGUCUGAUUAGGUCACUGGCUCAAUCUGGCUGUCGUAAUAUUAGUAAAUGUACACGUGGAAUAUAAAAGUAGUCUAGCAAGAACAGUGGGCCACCGAAUAGAAAGUAUAGCACCUGUCCAUGGCGUGCGGGACCUUCCAGCAUCUAACUAUCUUGCAUUUCUGAACCCAGGUGACCAGUUUAGAUUUUCUUGGGUGUGUCUAUGCCCUAUCAAGACACCCUCGAUGAACAUAAAGUGAAUUUUUUGAAGUUACCGGUGUAUAUGUUUGUAGAAGUCCCCUGCUGAGUCACUUCCAAAAUUUCAAAUUGCGCAUGUCUACAAAAUUGCUAUACAAUGCCAGCAAAAAAUGGCACUGGGCCACUCCUCAGAAACUGCAUCUCUUGCACGAAGGCUAACAAUACUUUAGGUGCCUUGAUAUCUUGUAUGGGAUGAGAUAGCGUUUCUCAGAUGUUUAGGCCUGUAGCAUUAAUAAUGUGUGUAUGUUUCAAUGUGUGUGCAUGUGUCACUGUUUAUAUAUGUGUGUUAAUGUGUAUGUAUAUCUGUGCAAGAAGGGAUGUGCAUACAUCACUUGAAUCCAACACAACAUACAAACACUCCAGUGAAUUCAAACUCCAAAAUUUAUAUACAAGCACACCCCUUAACUCAAACACCAAUGCUACACCUAAAUGUACAUCUGUAGUUAAAAGCCAAAACUAUAUCCAAACAUACUCCUGCAUUUAAAAGCCAACCCUAUGUACAAAUACACCCCUGCAUUUAAAGAGAGGAAAUCAGAAAAAAAGAGGGAGGGGGAUGUUAAGUUAAUUUUUUACUUUCCAGAUGGCAGUUAUGUAAAUUUGCCUUUUUGUCUAAAAGUAUCAAUAAUAGACUGGAUAUUUGAGCCACUGAGUCACAAAUGGCCCCUCCACUUUUUUUUUUUUUUUUUACAACACAAGAGAAAAUGCUGCAAGCAACUACAAAGCGGUCCCCUAUGUCCAUUUAUUUGAUACACCGCAUCUGUUUGUUACAUACCAGCAAACCAAGCUAGGUUUCCCGUGAUCUGUAUAAUCACUAGGUCUGUCAUUCAGUGAUUACAAUAUGGUUCUUUUACAUAACUGAACUAGUGUACGGCAGGUGCAGACUCAAAGGUUAGCUGUAAUGUUCUGAUAUCCACAUGUAUUAGGUUAUCAGCAGGAAGCACAAGCCUAGCUCAGAUACAUUGUGCACAGUUUCACUUACAUCAUAGCGCCCGUUCUGAUAACCUUAUGUGUAGAUGUGUGUACUAAGUGUUGUGAUGGCUGUUGCUUUAAAUCAGCAUCCCUUACUGCAUUGCUGGCGGUUAACGUAAUGCAUUUUCUGUAAGCAAGCCUGCAGAUAAGAAGUAAGGCCCUCACUUCUUUCAUACAGGCCUUGGAAUGAAAAGUAGAUCAUCACUGUAUUUAAGCUAAUAGUACAUGUUUUCAUCAACCCAAGUACUGUUUCGUCUUCGUUUGGUAGUAUUUGCUUGUCCUAGUAUUAUGUUUGCUAGGCUUCAUUCUCUGUUCAUUUGUGUAUCAACAACAAUGUAGUAUUCUUGUCACUAUUCUGUGUGUACAUUUACAUUUUCUUAAUGCACGCAGAUCACUUUCUAAUAUAAAUUUUUAUUAUUCUAUAUUUUUGCAGUUUAUUACAAAAUAAUUUUCAGUAAAGAUUUAAAACUGUAGCCCUGCCUCCUGGAUCUUUAAUGGGAAGUUGUUCAAUGUCUUCCACGCCUUGUCCUUCAGACACAUUGAAGGACAUGGCCCACCAGGAUACUGGGAAAUUUCCCACUGGGCUGCAGUAGUCUGAACUGCUCCUCUGCACAGCCGCAGAUAUGGGAGGAGGAAACAGCACCAACAAAGGUACCGAGUGUUUCCUAAUAUUGCAGGUGGUUCUCGAUGUUAGAUCACCUGCAGUAAUUAAUGAGCGCAUUAUCUGAAGUGUCUGAAGGAGCUGGUCAGGAACCUGCCUGACCACACCUACCAGCUCCAUGAAGGAGAGAGAAGGAAAUUGCCUUUUAAGCUACUUCCCCUAGCAUCACACUGCAUGGGAGCUGCCAGUUCAGGGGGGCACGAACGUGAUGCAGCUCAGCUGGCAGGUAUACAGCGGUGAUGAAGAGAAUGGUGGCUCCCGUGAGGGACACAUUCAUGUUAGUAAAUUUUCCAAAUUAGCCAAAUUAUGCAAAGUCCCCAGUCCACUUCAAGCUGCAUGCAGCCAAAAUUUUCAGACUGCUUGCAACUUUGGGGCCACCCAUAUCCACACAUAGUAAAAAAGGGAUCUGUACCUUUUCUAGUAAAUAAAUGAGAUAAAGGCAUACAAGCCAAGGAGGCGGGUUGGCAGGGGAGCAGUGGCGAGCCAGCAUCUCCUCGUAGAGAAGCAUUAAAUCAGUGCAUCUCUGAGGAAUGUUCAUUGUCUGCAUGCAGAGCGUGGAGACGCUGACCAUGCAACACUGACUUAGGAAGCACUUCUACUGGCCAUCUGACUGACUGCCACUGGAGGUGUUCCUAGGAAGCAAUGUAAGCACGGCCUUUACUUUGAAAAGCCUGCAUGGACCAGCUAUAGACACCAGAACAACUACAUUAAGCUGUAGUUGUUCUGGUGACUAUAGUUUAUAUUUACAUCAAAAUUUAGUUCACUCAGGGCAUAGCCAUGGCACACAUUGCAUUGGAGGAGAAAGCAUAUGGGGGAUACUUAUCAAGGUGUCAAUUUCUAAAAUGUGGUGCAAAAUGUAAAAUUUGAGUUGACAAUGGAAUAUGUCUGCUGUUUCCACGGUAACUGCCAACUUUUUAAACCGAAUACUGUGAUCCCCCUCUCCCAUAAUUUUUUUCAUCACCACAUGCUACGUUCAAUGAUUAGAGGCAGAGCUUGUAAUAAUGAUCGACAGGCUGCUAUAAUUUUAUUUACCCAGUUUCAGGAUAGAGCUUAAAACAGAAUGGCGGAAUUCUACUUUUACUUUUAUUUUUCUGAUCCAACAAACACAUUUUGCUUAAAUACAGGGAAUGAGUAAACAUAAUGUCUAACAUGCCAGGAUGUGACAGUCUCCCUUUAAUCCAUCAGCUCUUUCCUGCUCAUGUUAUUUCUCUCCAGUAACAGAGUUGAAUGAUUUGAAAGCCACUUAUGAAUUUGGUUCCGUUGAGAUUCACUCAGGCACGUGUACCCGUAUGUGUUGAUGUCAAAAGCCGAGGCAUAAUCAGUGCUUGUGUUCCCUGACAAAUACCAGAUUAUUAUACCACGAAGUUUGUAGUGUUCUGUAGUUCCUGUGGGAGCACUGUGCAUGCUUUGUUGGACAAGGGCAUUGGUGUAGGUGAUGAGACAGUAGAAAUAGAUAUUUGACCAUCUGAUUUUCAGUGUUCGUAUCUACAAAGUCUCUGCAAACUAAGUUUUGAAAUCAUUUUUUUUUUUUAUAUAUAUAUAUUUAGCAUCUUUAAAAUUCUAGCACCAAUGGUAGGUAGCUUGCAUUGCUUUACAAAAAAACUUUCAAAAUGGCAUUUGCAGUCAGGUCAGUAUUAUUGUCAUUUUACUGCUAUCCUCUACAGCAUUUCACAAAUAGUGUUCUGCGGAACUCUGGGAUUUUGCGAGAACAAAAAUGGGGUUCCACCCUAAUAUCGCCAACCAAAAUGACCGCUGCAAUUUUAUUGCUUAACAGGGCCUGGUUGGGUGCCACAGCCCCAUUAAGAGCACAACUGGGCCCCUGUUAAUUCCUCCCACUUCAUAGUUGCUGCUACGCGCGCAGGAGGGAGGAGGAGGCUGGAGAGUGCUGUCUGGACAGGCAACAGCAAGGAUGGCAGAGGAGAGGUUGGAGUGAAGUGAGCUGCUGCAUGCUCACUCCCAUCAGCCUCAGCCAACACCACCAGGACCACAAGCAAGCCACCCUCCUGGACUCACAAGGUAAGCUCACAGGAGGGUGGCUGUGAUGUAUGUGCCAGUGUGUGUGUUUGUCAGUGUGUGUAUCUGUGUGUCAAGGUAUGUCACUGUUUGUAUAUGAAUGUGUGUGUGUAUCAGUGUGUUUUGUAUAUGCCAAUGUGUAUCUGUGUGUGUAUAUGUCAGUAUGUGUUUGUCAGUGUGUCAGUGUGUUUGUGUGUAUCAGUCUUUUUGUAUGUGCCAGUGUGUGUGUGUAUGUCAAUGUUUGUAUGUGUAUCUCUGUCACUGUGUGUGUGUGUAUGUCGGUAUGGGUGUAUUAGUGUAUUUGUAUGUGCCAGCGUGUGCAUCUGAGCCAAAAGAAGGCAAAAAACCCAGUCUGAAGUGCUUCCAAUUUUGCAACAAACUAGGAAAAGAUUCCUUUUUGACUCCAAAAUGGCAAUCAGAUAUUUCCUUGGAUCAAGCAGCUAUUACCCCACUAAUUAGAAAUUAUAUCCCUGUAUGUUAUGUUUUGGAAAUAUUUAUCAAAUUUCUGUUUAAACAUCUGUAUGGACUCCGAUAAAACCACCUCUUCAGGCAGAGAAUUCCAUAUCCUUAUAGUUCUUACUGCAAAAAAAUAUUUCCUUUGCUUUAGAAUAAAUCUCCUAUUUUCCAGCCUAAGUGCGUGACCUUGUGUCCUAUGUAUAGCCCUGUUUAUGAAUAGAUUUCCAGACAAAGGUUUGUACUGGCCCCGAAUAGACACUGAACAAAAUUAUAAAUGCAACACUUUUGUUUUUUUUUUAUGAGCUGAACUCCAAGAUCUAAGACUUUUUCUAUGUACAAAAAAGGCCUAUUUCUCUCAAAUGUUGUUCACAAAUCUGUAUAAAUCUGUGUAAGUGAGCACUCCUCCUUUGCCGAGAUAAUCCAUCCACCUCACAGGUUUGGCAUAUCAAGAUGCUGAUUAGACAGCAUUAUUAUUGCACAGGUGUGCCUUAGGCAGGCCAAAAUAAAAGGCCACUCUGCAAACACUGAAACAUGACUUUCAAUGCCCAUUUCAAGAUCAUUUAUAAAUAUGUUAAAUAGAAGCGGUCCCAAAACAGAACCCUGAAGGACACCACUUACCACUUUUGUCCAGCUUGAAAAUUUACCAUUAACCCCUUCAGGACGGAGUCAUUAGUACACGUUCUGAUCAAAACAAAAUGUAAACAAAAACUGGAAUUUGCGCUUUAUGUCUGUUCAACCGUAAUUCACCUCUUUUGUAUUAUAUGCACCCACACUAUUAUUAUAUAUCAUUUUGUUCAGGAGAAACAGGGCUUUCAUUUCAUAUCAAAUAUUUAUAUAUGAAACAUAGUUUAUUAUGAAUAAAAUAAAAAAAAACUGUGAGAAAUUUUAUUAAAAAAAAACAUUGUAGUUCCGCCUCACAUUUUAGCUGUAAAUGUCAUAAUACUGUUACCUUUUACUGCAAAAAAAGCACAUAUUUGGAUUCAGUACAACAGUAGCACCCACUAACAGUUUAUAUAGUGUUUUGGAAAGUUAAAGGGUCAAAUAUAGCACAUUCAAUUUUUCAGUUUUUUCACAUUGAAAUUUGCCAGAUUAGUAAUGUUACGUUUGAGACCGUGUGGUAGCCCAGGAAUGAGAUUUACCCCCAUGAUGGCAUACCAUUUGCAAAAGUAGACUACCCAAGGUAUUGCAAGUGGGGUAUGUCCAGUCUUUUGUAGUAGCCACUUAGUCACAAACACUGGCCAAAGUUAGCGUUCAUAUUUGUUUUUGUGUGAAAAAAAGCAAAAAAUAAAUAGUGUUUGUUUGUAACUAAGUGGCUACUGAAAAUGACUGGACAUACCUUGUUUGCACUACCUUGGGUUGUCUACUUUUGCAAAUGGUAUUUCAUCAUUGGGGUAAUUCUUAUUCCUGGGCUACCAUCCGGGCUCAAAAGGCAACAUAACCAAUCUGGCAAAUUUUAAUGUGAAAAGAAUGAAAUGCAUGCCUUAUAUUUGACUCUCUAACUUUCCAAAACACCAUAAAAUCUGUACAUGGGGGUUACUGUUUUACUCAGGAGACUUCGCUGAACACAAAUAUUAGUGUUUCAAAAUGGUAACUUGUAUUACAACAAUAAUAUCGUCAGUAUAAGUGCCGUUCAUGUGUGAAAAAUGCAAAAAAAAGUCUCUUUUACUAAAAAUAUCAUUGUUGUAAUACAAGUUACUUUUUUGAAACACUAAUAUUUGUGUUCAGCGAAGUCUCCCGAGUAAAACCGUACCCCCCAUGUACAGGUUUUAUGGUGUCUUGGAAAGUUACAGGGUUAAAUAUAGUGCUUGCAAUUCAAAUUCUCUGCACUUUUUGCCUGGGUUGUCAGGCAUGUCAAUCAAAUUUUAACUAAUUAAAUCACAUAAUUAUGUUAAAAUAUUACUUAAAUAUACAUGUAGAAUUUUAAUAUAUACAUAUAUAUGUAUUUAAAGACUACGUGUACACUUAUGUAGUUAUUUAGUAAUUAUAUAUAUUUAUCUGUAUAUCUAUGUAUUUGCGGUUGUUUGCAUUUUAUAUAUAGAUAGAUAUAAAAUGUCAUUCUAAGUGUAUUUUGUUACAUAUAUAUAUAUAUAUAUAUAUAUAUAUAUAUAUAUUAAUAACAAAAUACAGUUAGAAUGAAAUUACAUAUGUAUAUAUAAUAUAUUUUAUUUUAUUAUUUUAUUUAUUGUAAUUAUACGUGUAUAUAUAAAUAUAAAAUAUAUAUAGAUGUAUUAUAUAUAUAUAUAUAUGUGUGUGUGUAACGUCAUUCUGAGUGUAUUUUAAUACUAAUAUAUACUUAUAUUAAUAUUAAAAUACACUACGUAUGACGUUACAUAUAUAUAUAUAUAUAUAUAUAUAUAUAUAUAUAUAUAUAUAUAUAUAUAUAAGAUGUGUGUGUGUGUGUGUGUGUGUAUGUAUAUGUGUAUAUAUAUAUAUAUAUAUAUAUAUAUAUAUUAUAUGUAUAAUAUAUACACAUUUCAUUUAUUUUAAAACUUAUUUAAUAUAUUUUUUUUUACACUUCCCACCAGCCGGGGGACUGUCUGACAGCUAUAGGGGGCCAUGUCUGACAGCUAUAGGGGGCUAUAGAGCGAUCACAUGGCCCCCGGGGGCCUCAUUUGCCAGGGGAGGGCUGCCUGAGCUGUCAGGCAGCCCUCCAGAAGAGGAUCACGAAUGAGGUAAGUACCUUCGAUCUCCUGGGGGCUUCAGCCGUUACGGCGUUCUAUGCCGCCGCAAUGGCUUUAAAGCCCAUUUAAUGCGGGACGGCAUAGAACGCCGUAACGGAGUUAAGAGGUUAAUGACCACUAGUUGUACUCUAUCCUUAAUCCAAUGUUCUACCCAAGAACAAGAAUAUUAAUCUAGACCAAUUUAUUUUAGUUUGAAGACUAACCUGUUAUGUGGAACCGUAUCAAAUGCCUUGGCAAAAUCCAAGUAGAUCACAUCCACUGCAACACCCUGAUCUAUACUUCUACUUACUUUUUUCGUAGAAUGCAAUUAGGUUAGUUUGACAUGACCUAUGUUUCGUAAAACCAUGCUGAUUAUUGCUAAUAACAAAGUUCUUCCCAAUGAGUUCCUGAGUAUUAUUCCUUAAUAGCCCUUAAAAUAUUUUCCCAGUCACAGAAGUUAAGCUCACAGGUCUAUAAUUUCCAGGCAAUGAUUUUGAACCCUUUUAAAUAUAGGAAUGACAUCUGCCUUCCUCCAGUCCUUCGAUACAAUACCUGAAACAAAAGAAUCUUGAAAGAUUAAAUACAGAAGUUCACAUAUUUCCCCACUUAGCUCCUUAAGUACUCGUGGGUGAAUACAGUCAGGCCCCGGAGCUUUAUUUACAUACAUUUUCUUAAACUGCUGCAUCACAUAAUCUCGAGUCAUCCAAUCACAAGUUACCUGCAAGUUUUUUGCAGCAAUCAUUUGCAUAUUUCUUGCAAUAGGAUCCUCGUUAAUAUAAACUGAAGAAAAAGUUAUUUAACAUUUUUGCAUUUUCCUGGUCAUUAACUAACAGACCGAUCUCUGUUUCCAGUGUACCUACACUUUCAUUUAUUUAUUUUUUAUUUAUUUUUUUAGAAUUGAUGAAAUUUGAAAAAAAAUGUGCGGUUGGUUUUGCAUUCUUUGGCUAUCAGUUUCUCAUUUUUUAGUUUAGCCACUUUAAUUGCCAUUUUGCAAGCUUUAUUGGCUUCCUUAUAUCUUCUAUAGGAUGCCCUUUUUCCUUUUUUUUAUUUUUUUUAUUUCUUGUUUUAAUUCUCUACUAAGCCACAUUGGUUUCAAUUUGUUUCUUUUUUAUUUGUCACCCAAUGGUACAUACUGAGAAAUGUGCCUUUCUAUUUUUUGUUUAAAGAGUUUCCAUUUAGCCUCAGUGUUUUUUUUUUCACUAAGGAGUUUAUGUCAGUCGAUAUGUUGUAGAGUUGCCCUAAUCGUAUCGAAAUUGGCUUUUUUAAAAAUUAUAAGUUUUAGUGUACCCCAUGUGCUUUUGCUUUUUUUAGUUUAUUUUAAAAAUUACCAUAUUGUGCUCAUUAUUUCCCAAAUGCUCUCCUACUUGAAUGUUGGUCAAAAGAUCAACAUUGUUUGUUAUAAUGAGAUUCAGACAAGCUUCCUUUCUAAUUGAUGCUUGUACCAGUUGUGACAUGAAGGUGUCAUUUAACACAUUCAAAACCCUGGUUCUCCUUGGUGAAGUACUAAUCCCUCUAUCCCAAUUUAUGUCCGGGUAAUAAAUAUUUCCAAUAAUUAACGUGUUACCCAGAUUUGCAGCUUUUCCAAUUUGCUCUAACAGCUGUUCUUCCUCAUUAAUAUUUACAUUAGGUGGUUUAUAACAUAUCCCAACCAAUAAUUGAUUUCCCUUUGUUUGCCCCAAGCAGAUAUCUACCCAUAAAGCUUCCACAUUUUCCUCGUCACACUCCACAUGCCUAAGGUUUGACUUUAACUCAUGGUUGACAUACAUACAUACUCCACCACCCUUCUUUUUUUCCUAUCCUUCCUAAAUAAGGGGUACCGAUUUUGGUUAACUGCCCAGUCAUGUGUCUCAUCCCACCAUGUUUCGGUUAUGUCAAUUAUAUCAUAUUGUGUAGUGUAUGCUAUUGCCUCCAGUUCCCUCAUUUUGUUAUAUAGGCUUUAGUAAGCUUACAUUUAAUAUCAUGAGUCACUUGUACUUUUUGUGAAUUUUUAUCAAUAUUACAUACCUCCUCUGUUCUGAGCUUGCCCCUCCCCCAAUCUCCACCCCUCUUAUACCGAGCUAAAGCCCAUCUCCUUUCUAUCAUAUCUCUUCUAGAUUGCUAUGACACUCCCCCCCCCCCACUACUAGUUUACAGUCUCCUCCAACCUUCUAGCCAUACUUUCUCCCAGGAAGCAAACAUUACAUACAAACACACCCCUGUAUCAAAACACUAAAAUUAUAUGCAAACACAAACUGUACACACAAAAGCACACCUCCUCCGAAGUACUUCUAUCUGUUUACUAUCUGCACUAUGGCGCAAAUUUGUUUGGGGGUAAGGGGGUUUCCACGGUGUUGGUACACUAUGUCAAACGGUUCCAUGGGUAAAACUAAUUGGGAACCCCUGCUCUACACUGUAGUAUGUGCGGCAUUGUAAGCUUCAUAUGUUAUCCAUUUUUACAUUAAUCAAUACCCUUCUUACAUUUUAUGUGAAGGUCUAAUCCAGGGGUAGCCAAAAAGUUGAUUCUAAGCUCUUAUAGAAAUACAAAAGCCAUCAUGCUUUGCCCUUUCAAGGUUUGCAAAGCAUUAUGGUAGCAGCUGAGGACCACUCCUACUCUAAUUAACAGAUGACUGAACAUUAUGCUAAUUGCAUUCUAGCAUCUAGGGGUCCAGGUUUAGACACUUCUGCUGUAAAGAAUGGUUAAGUAGCUUUAGAUUAUUCAGCUAUGAUCCUCAGCCAGCAUAUAUACAGCCAAAAACUAAGUUAGAAUAAUUGUGUUUUAAAGUUCAACAAUAUCUAGAAAUAACUUCAUUAUCAGUGUUGUUCCACUGGUUAGGGGACAGAUUACUUUAUAAAUUACAUCCUGUGUGUGGAGAGAGGGUAUCUAAUUUACUAUCUGAUCUGUUGGCUCUGGGCAAAUGUCAUAAACUGAUUAAGCACUUCUGAGAGGCCCCAAAUCCAUAAAUAUAUUAAGUGCUGUGCUACUGAAUCACUUUUGCAUGCUGGGAGGGAGAAUUAUAUAGAUUGGCUAGCAGCUGAGGCUUUCUUCAAUCUGAGUAUAUUUUGACAGAUGUUUGAAGAUAAACCGAUCUCUUGUGCCAGGAUAAUUUGAAACUUCUGACAGUUCAGAUGUUGAUUUUUUUUGUGGGGGAUUUUUUUUUUUGCCAGUACUGGACCAAAGGUUCCUGAUUCCCCAGGACUUUUGUGGCCAAAAAAUGUAUUGUAUAGUCUAAUGGUAGAUAACUGUUAACUGGCAUACUACCAUAUCUACAUUAGGCUCAAAGAGUUGCAUUAUAUAUAAAAUUCUGCACAGACAAAGCAUUCUGCUAGUGUGCGGCAUAGGAGGGCCGUGUCCACAGUCUCUGGACAGACUCAUGUUGUAUUUUGAUAACGUAGGUGGUAAGAGCGGUCCCAUGGCCGCCAUAGGUGUCCAUAGUGCUGCCAGCAGCGGAUCAGAUUCAUCCGCUUUGCUUUGGAAGGGUAUGUUGUGGGCAAACAGAAUUGCCAUGCCUGCUCUUUUCGCGACGUGAUGGUUCGCAAAAUAGCCAGCAGGUUAGCGGCUGCUACGAAGCUCUGGGGCCUGUCCGUCUCUGAAAUGUGUUUCCUGUAGGAACUCCACAGAGACCCUGUUGGACCAUUUGGGUCCGGUGGAGUUGGGAGCAUCUCUCUGAGAUAUUCGGUCCUCGGGCAUUGUUGGUCCAGAGCCUCGGAGGCGCUGGUCGUAAUCCGGUCGUCAUGUUCUGGAUAUCUGGAUUGGGAAAAAAAGGGGGGGCGGGAGGAGGGAGUUUGAAGCAGGAAGUAGGGAAGUACUAGGGGGAACAAGUCUUGGGGGUAGAAAGAAAACAAGAGGAACCUCUUCUGAGGUAUGUAGAACUGGCAACGAAGACCCUAUUUCGCGGGGACCCUAGUGGUCGGGAUCACUACACCGAUUCACAACCUUAUAUUCAGUGAGGGGUCUGUUGCAUGGGAGGUCAUGGGAAAUCGUGAGAUACAGGCUCGAGCAGGGAGCCGUCUGCUCUGGUGGGUCCCGACCCACGUGAGGGAAUCUAGUGGGAAGCUGUGAAGAGUGUGUCAACUAACUGGGGAAAAAACAUGUGGCCCAUAACCAGCUUGGGUUCGUAUAUCUACUUUGGCCUGCGUGCUACCUCCAGAGGACAGAGUGUUUUUUACAUACAUCCCUCAGUCUGAAUAUAUUCAAGCAAUGUUUGAUUUUAUUGUAAAACAGUUGAUCCUAUUUUGUAGCAUAUUUUAAAAGAAAAAAAGAAAGGCAGACAGAACAUACAUAGUCUGAGAAUAAAGGUUUGAUAUAAUCAGAAAAGAUCAAACGAAUAGCUAGAGUAAAACAGAGUUUUGUAGGCUUCAGAUAUGUAUUCGUGAGAUGUGAAAAAUAAAAUUAAAUAUAGAAAUCCAAAUCUUUGUAUCCUGCACCUGGGCGUCUCAUCUAAGCUCCCUAUCAGACAUAAUUAUUUAUAAGUACUCUCUUUUGCGUGAGGCAGUCAGCACAGAGAAAGCAUUCAGAGAAAAGGAGGAAUUAUGCAAUGUUUCUUUUUGUCAUUAAUUUUUUUUUUUUUUUUAAAUGAUUGCGUAACAGUUAAGGAUUAUUAUGGUAUCACAGCUAUGGUGUAAAUAACAUGCAUGUACAACAGGGUAACACCUUGUUUUAUGAAUGUUAGUAGAGCAUCAAAACAAGCUUAACCCCUUAAACGGCCACUCUAGGCACCCAGACCACUUCAGCUUAAUGAAGUGGUCUGGGUGCCAGGUCCUUCUAGGGUUAACCCAUUUUUUUAUAAACAUAGCAGUUUCAGAGAAACUGCUAUGUUUAUGAAUGGGUUAAGCCUUCCCCCUAAUCCUCUAGUGACUGUCUCAUUGACAGCCACUAGAGGCGCUUGCGUGCUUCUCACUGUGAUUUUCACAGUGAGAGCACGCAAGCGUCCAUAGGAAAGCAUUGUAAAUGCUUUCCUAUGCGACGGGCUGAAUGCGCGCGCAGCUCUUGCCGCGCGUGCGCAUUCAGCCCAGGAGAAGGAACGGAGGAGGAGAGGAGGCAGAGAGCUCCCCGCCCAGCGCUGGAAAAAGGUAAGUUUUUAACCCUUUCCCCUUUCCAGAGCCGGGCGGGAGGGGGUCCCUGAGGGUGGGGGCACCCUCAGGGCACUAUAGUGCCAGGAAAACGAGUAUGUUUUCCUGGCACUAUAGUGUUCCUUUAAUGCUGUUACUGCUUACUAUGCCGUCCUGCACAAGGUGGCUUUAACCCCUUAAGGACACAUGACGUGUGACUUGUCAUGAUUCCCUUUUAUUCCAGAAGUUUGGUCCUUUUUCUGGCACUAUAGGCUCCUGGAGUGCCCCCUUCCCGUGGGGUCAUGCAACUUACCUGACAUCGGCGCUGGGUCAGGCGCCGCCCACGCUCCUCCCCCACCGAUGUCAGCCGGCAGGGGAGACCCAAUGCGCAUGCGCGGCAGUAGCCGCAUGCCAUUAGACAGGAUGGAUGCCUGAUCACCAGUCGAGAGGUGUAAUAAUCACGAAAAUAUUCUUCUAGAUUCCAUUAUAAAUUUCACAUUUGGAAUUUUUGGAAUUCCGCGUCCAGCGCUAGGAGGAGGCCUUCCAUGUUGUGUGUUUCCAUGUGUGCAAGGAUAUUUAAAACCUUCAUUGUGUUGUCUGAUCCCUGUUUGUUUGUAACAAAUCCCGACUGAUCGUUGUGGACUAUGAGGGUUAGAAUAGUUUUUAACCUGUCCGCCAAAAUCUUGACGUAGAUCUUCUUGUCACAAUUGAGGAGGGAAAUGGGUCUAAAAUUUUGGCACACUGUAGCCGGUUUACCUGGUUUAGGCAGGGUUGAAAUGUGAGCUUGUAACAUGUCCGUAGGCGUGGUUCCGUCUGUGAAGCAGUGAUUUAAGGGGAAGUGUGAAAUGAGGAGCUAGUAUGUCAGAGAAAGUUUUAUAGUAGAGGUUGGUUAAGCCAUCUGGCCCCGGGGAUUUAUGAAGGAGCAAUUUAGUUUCAGUUCGUCUUCUGUGAAUGGUUGGGUUAUGGUUUCUAUUUCUCCAUGCGUCAAAGUAGGGAGGUGUAUUGCGUCUAAAAACUGUCUUAUGAGGGUUUUGGUUGGUGCAGGUGUACGGGAUUCAUCUUUAAGGUUAUAUAGUGACGAUAGUACUAUGCAAACUCUUCCACUAUGUCCUGUGGAUGCAUGAGUUUUCGUUUGUUAGAGGACAAAAUCUAUGAAAGAUCCCGCUUUGUUCCCUUGAGCGAAGAAUUUGUGUUUGUAUCGUUGAAGGAGAUAGGUAGUUUUAUCUAAUUCUAGUUCAUUUAAUUGAGCCCCACAUCUAUGGGAGUGGUAUCAGUGGUGUUGGUGUGGAAGUAUGACGCAAGGUCUGUUUUAAUUUGUUCAGUAAUGCUGGGGUUACGUAAUAAUGACUCGUUUAACCUCUAUGAGCCCGUCCCUUUUUUAGGGAAUUGAGCUGCUAGUGUGAUAGAGAUGGGGCAUGAUCAGACCAUGUUAUGAUUCCUAUGUGUGUAGAAUGGAUUUUGGGGAGUAUGGAGGGAUUUAGUAUAAACCUGUCUAUUCUCGAGUAUGAGUUAUAAACUUGUGAAUGGAAAGUGAAGUCCUUCUCUGAGGGGUGUAAUACCCUCCAUAUAUCCACUAAGCCAACAUCAUGUAAUUGUUUCUUGAUAGCAUUCGCUGAUAUUAAGCAUUUCCUGGCAGUUGAUUGAGAGAUAUCUAAGUUGGAGGAUGUGUCAAGGGCAUUGUCCAGGAUGAAAUUCGUGUGUGUGUGUGUGUCCCUGAUGACUAGAGUACCGAAUUUAUGUGUGUUAGCUAGGGAGAGGAUUUUAUCCUGGAACUGCGACUGAUUUUCGUGCAGGCCGUACACAUUGAUAAAUGUGUAUGGUUCGUUAAUAAUGAGGCAUUGGACCAGGAGAAAGCGGCCUUCCUUGUCCCCCAUUUUUUUGUGUAGUGAGAAUGAUACAUCUUUGCUAAACAGUAUCGAUACCCCUGUUUUCUUUUUGGUAUAGCCGGUGUGGUAACCUAUAGGAAACAGUUUUGAGGUAAAUAGAUAGAAUUUAGGAAAUGUGUUUCUUGGAAGAAGGCUACUGUAGCCUUCAUCUUUUUAGCUUCCGUGAGGGCCAGUCUCCGUUUAUGUGGAGAAUUCAGGCCCUUCACGUUAAGCGAUAUUAUAGUCAGGGCCAUGGGUACAGUAUAGUAGUGCAUUUUGUGUCAUUGUGUAUGGCAUCUUUGGGCGCUAAUAUCCAUCUUUCGUGAUAUAUAAGGGUAAGUUGGGAGUGCAGGUCGCUGAAAGUGGAACGUGGUUCUGGUUCAGGGGGAUUUUCGACCCUUUCUCUGCGUGAUCGCAGUGUUUCGUGAGAUACAUGUGUUAGUAAGGGUCGGAACUGCGAGAUAGCAUCUUGGGAGUCUAGUUCCCAGAGUAUAUCAUUGAGGUUAAGUGAACGUAUAUGUUCCCAUGGUAUGAGCCCGUGUCCUCUUUAGAGUUGGUUCGGGUAGGUCAGUUAAGGCUCUUCUAUUUGCUGUGUAUUGUUUCACCCUCGGAGGAGCUGACGGCUUACACGUCCAUGUCCACGAGCUGCCAGGCCACGCCCCCAACAUCUGGCCUUUUUGAAGCUUUGCAGUUAGGGAAGCUAUCUCCAUGUACUUAGUACGAAGGCCCAUAGUUUGUUCUUCGACCGCUUUAACACGCCCUUCAACGAUGUGACUCUCUUCCACUACCACAGUGAUAUCCCUCGAAAAGGUUUGCUUUAUGUUGUGGUGAAGCUCUUUUAUAUCUCCGUUAGUUGAAGGGAGCUUGCCUUCAUCCAACGAUGAAUUAUCUAAGCCACCUGGAUAUCAUCUAAAUGAUCCCACAAUAGGUCAUCCAAAGAGGUCAAAAGCAUUUCCUCAUGUGCCUGUCACAAUACCGGUCCAUCACGGCAUCGUACAAUCAUGGGAGCAAUGUAUCUCCUGUGUUCUGAUGCAAACCCACUCAUCCCUAGCUUCCUAGUGUCUCAUUGUGACAUCAUGUAUGACAUGGAACACUCCCAUUGGUCUCCUAUUAUAAUGUUAAUCUUUGUGGCACUUUUUGCGGAGCAACAAAUAACUUAUAUCUUGCAAUCCCGUUUUUUUAAGGAACCUCAAAUGCUUAGACUUCUUCCCAAUGCUCAUGAUAUUCUGCUUUUCUGCUUUAGUAGGGGUAUUAUUUUCAGUGUUAAGUAAAAACGGGCUUUCAGUUUCAGAGCUCAAUAUAGACACAUUUAGUCAGCUCCAUCCUCCAUGAAAAAAAUUUAUAUUCCUCCUAAUUUGCACUGUGUGCCUUGGCUGGACUAAACUAGAUCAUGAUCUUAUUUGCUAAAUAUUUAAUAUAGAGUUAAAAGUAUAUAGAGCAUCACAUAAAACAAGUUAAAGGAAUGCUAUAGUCACCCAGGCUACUGCAGUGUUUACAUUUCAGGGUCCUCCUCUUGUGGCUGUCAGAAAAACUGUCACAUGAUCUGGAAAUGCCAUAGGAAAGCAAUGAUUCAAUAUGCAUUAGGUCCCCAUUGUUCCUCUAUGAGGUGCAUUGGAUUAGACCACACUCCGGUGCCCUGCCGGGAGAGAAGAGUUGAGCAGCUCUGAGAAGGCCUUGGCGCUGGAAUAAAGUAUGUAAAACAUUAUUUAAAGAAAACAAAAAAAAACUGCACGUGGAGUGGGUCUGCAUACAAGUAGGGAUUUGUAUUACAAACACAAUAGUGGUUAUUUAACACAAGUAAGGUUAUUUUCAGUGUUUUAUUUAUUGGUGUAAUUUUAUGUGUUUAAACAAGGUCGUAGCAUGCUUACCUGGGCUGUAGGAGAGCUGAUAUUCAAAACUUGCGAUUCCUGCUUUCCUAUGCAGAGCACAUGUUAAAAUUGGUGUAAAACACAACUUUAUUUAAGAACUAGUAAAUAUUCAAAUCUUGCAAAGCAGAGGACUUCUACCAUGGACCCAAAUUUUUUAUUUUACAUUAAUAAUAUUAAUAAUUAAUAAAAACUUGUGGGGGGAAAUGCUAAUUUUAUUCAUGAUUUAAGUAUUUUAAAACUAGGGGGGAAGAUUGAAAUGGCAACGUCUAUCAACCUCCUUUCACUUAAGUACCUGUAUGAGGAUUAAAGAGUCACUUCAGCCUCCAUAAUCACUUCUGCUUUUAGAAGUGGACAUGGAGGAAGGAAUCUGUAUGGACAGCAUUUCAGCUUGCAACCCUGCAUAAACAGAGAUAUUUGCACACCACUUAGACAACCCAUACCUGAUGUAAAUUCUGUGCAAAAAAUAUGUCUGCUGUCAGCGUGCACUGUACAUUAGCAACAGAUGUAAUCUGCUUCUACCCUUGCAGACAACGCUGGGAGCUCACCUACAAGGCGAAGCUUUGAGUCUGCACUCCCUCCUUGCAUUGCGAGUUUGGCAUUUGAUUGGGCCUCAGAUUGAUGCAGCAUGGGGCAUUGAAACCAAGGUUUUGUCAUCGAUAAAAAGCUUAAAUCAUAAGAGGGGAAGGGACAACAAGUAGCAACAGUACAUUCAAAUAUAUAUAUAUAUAUAUGCUAAUUAAAAAAAUUAAAAAACAUGCUUACAUUCAAACAUGCCAAUUCUGCCCUCAAAUAAAACCCUGCAAGGAUGGGCAAAUGGUAGAUCCCCAGCUGACAACUCAUCGUGGGAGAUGAAUGACAGGUGGGAAUCUACCUUUUGGCCACCAUUGCGCUAGAGUGGUUACCAAUAUAAUGUGCUACCCCAGGGCCAUCUCUACAUUCGUUGUCAUUGUGCCCCUGUACACGUUAACUAGGCCACAGCAAUAGUUUAUGUACAAAUAGAAUAGGGGAUAAUCUGCUAAAUACAGAAUGAAUAAAAUAACAUAGCGUUUAACUGUGUGAGAGUAAGUAACAAUAUGUUAGUUACAAUUGGCCACUCACAAAUUCCCAGAUGUAAAGCAGCCUUAAGUCAAAUUUCUCCUCCAAUGUCCACUGUAUUUUCUCAUCUUCACACUCCCAUCAAUAGGUUAGAAUAUGUAACUCAAGAGAAAAAUAUACAGAAAAAAAUAAUAACUUACAUAUAAGCAGAAAACAAUUCGUUUGUCACCACUAGGACGCCUAGUGGUGACAAACGAAUUGUUUUCUGGAAGGAAUAAGUAGUUUGCACAAGGGUAUUUUGUGUCUGUAACCUAGCCCUCUCAUAUGUAGGUUAGUUUUGUAUUAAUCUUCCAACUUUUUUCUUUUUAAACCAAAAAACUAUAAAGAAUGGGGAGUAAAAAGGUGUGAGGGCAAUAACAAAAGGGAAUGAAAAAGGUUUCCAUCCAGAAGUAUACAAAUUGGAAUUAUCAUAUUAUGUUCAUAAAGGUGAGACAAUACACAGUGCAUUAGAACACCUCCUCAACCUUUUCAAGGCAUUGAUUGGAUAACCGAGACCAAACACUCUCAGCUUAUCAUUGCCAAGUUGGAUGAGAUCAUGCAAAGGUUCAGUUACACAUGAGCUGAGUUGGCAAAAUUUGUAGGAUCGUACAUUUCAUUAUGCUGUAUUAUUUACCUAUGAAUUGCUGCACAUUGCUCCAAUUUGUGGUAGGAAAAAAAAAAAAAAGAUUACAGUUGUGAUGUAAAGAGUUUAUGGACAGAACUGCAUUUGCUCCCAACCUAAUAGAAAAAAAAUUGCUCUCUUUCAGACAUGGGAGAAUCCAGCUCAUAUUGAUGAGAACACAGGAUUUGGUGGCGAUAAUGAUCCAAUUGACGUUUGUGACAUCGGAAGCAAGGUAUUUUAAGUUUUAGGAGCUGUGAUCAUUUUGAAGAAAAAAUUUUUUUUAUGGGUUAAUUGAUUUCUCACUUACCAUCAUGACUAUUCACUAAUCUCUGAUUGUAAAGUGAUCUUGAAUUGGUCUGACUUAAUUUGCUUUUUAGCCAGCAUAAAAGUGCAUUGUCUAGUCAUUUAUUAAUGGCUUUAAAUGGAUUUGGUGUAGCAAGUAAAUUGUUCACGUAAGUGACACAUUAUGGCAGGGGUAGGUAACCUUUUAGCAGCACUGUGCCGAUAUAGGAUUGUGAUGUCCCGUAGCGUGCCGGUCCUAUUUUUUUUUUUAAAUUGAGGUGUGUAUGCUGCCGUAUUCUGCUUGUGUUAUUUAUACUGUAAUUGCUUUGUAUCGUUGUAUUUGUGUGUGUAUAUGAACUUUUAUAUUGUAUAUGUUCAUUAGUAGUUUAUGGUAUUGUGUAUGAUACAUAUAAAUGUGGGCUGCUUGUGGAAUUGUGUGUGGAUGGAUAUGUCACAUUGUGUGUUUGGUAGUGUGUGUGGGCUGUUUGGGGUAUUGCAUGUGAGAGGCUGCAUGUGGGGUUGUGUGCAUGUAUGUGGAUUGUUAGCGGCUUAUGUUUGUGUGUGGGCUGUUCGUAUUAUUUGUAUGAGGGGAGGGUUAUUGUGCAUUUCUGUGUAUAUCUAGCAGUGUGGGUGGCUUCCCUGGGUUCCAGUGGGGACCAGGCUGGCCAGGUACAGGUCAAGGACAAGAGCAGUAACAGCAGCUGCAGGUUGCUCUACUACAGUGUGGAUUCCCAUUCACGAGUGCUGGGAGGAAGUGAUCUGAGAUCACUUCCUCUAUGUGCCUCAAUGCAUAAAUUGAGGAUUGUCCUUCACCACCUUUUCGUAUUAGCAUAUAUCUGAAGUUUCACUGGGACUUCUGAUAGGUCAGAGCCUGUUUGGCUCUAGCAGCCUUGAGUGCCGUGCAAAGACACCUUGAGUGCCGUACAUGGCACUAGUGCCGUAGGUUGCCUACCCCUGCAUUAUGGUAAAGCAAUAAGAAAUUUGUCCUAAGGUAUGUGAACACCCAGUUACUGAGUUCAGGUGUUUCAGCCUCACCCAUUGCAUAAACUCCAGCAAAUACCCACAAAAUCUCCAUGGUCAAACAAUGGCAUUACAAAGCCACAAAUCGGUUUGUGAAAUGUUUGUCCUUGUCUUGCCCAAGUCAGCUGCUGUUACAGUGAAGUGAUAUUGCCCAGGAGCAGUUACAGCACAGUCAUGAAGUGUUAAACCACACAUACCCACAGAGCAGGGGCAUUGAGUGGUGACAAGCGUAUUGUGUAAUAAUCACUUGCCUACUGUGUCACUCACUAGAGAGCAGAACUCUGCAUAAGGAGUAUCAUUAAAUUGGUUUCAAUGGCUGAGCAGCUGUGCACAAGCUGAACAUAAACAUGCAAGUGGUUAAAAACCAUACCACCACUGACAUUUUGGAGCAGUAGAAAUGUCUUCUCUGGCAGUCUAAUGGAAAAAUGUGUGAGGCAGGUGCCAGUAGACCGCUACCUUCUGAAAUGCAUACUUCUUACUGUUUUUGUUUUUGUUUUUGUUUUGGUUUUUUUUUUGUGGAGGAGAAAUAAUGUUCUGGGUCAUCUGAAAGGAGCACUCCACACACAUAAAACACUUCAGCUUUCUUGAUUUUAAGAAAUUGCCACUUUUAUUUAUUUUUAUGUAUGUGUAUAUGUAUGUAUGUGUGUGUGUGUGUAUGUAUAUACUGUAUAUGUCUGCAAUAGCUGCCAUCUUUGUUCGGAUUUGCAUGUAUGUAAGUUUGGCUAGCUCAUAUAUAUGAGCAAAAGGUACCUGCACACAGGCUUAAAAGUUGCAGAUGCUGGGUGCCAGCCAUGGUUGAAAUUAUCCAAGGAGAAAAGGGGAAAAAGCUGCACUCACGGUCUUCCACACACACACACACACAUGUUGGACAAUUGAGUGCUGCCAACUUUGUAGCAACAGUUUGGGGAAGGCCCUCUUCUGUUCUAGUAUGGCUGUGCCGCUCUGCACAAAGCUAGGUCUAUGGUUUGAAAAGAUUGUUGGGGGAGAACUUGAAGAACCUGCGCAGAGCCCUCCUCUCCUAUUGAACACUUUUGGGAUGAAUUGAAAUGUUGAGAUUUGCCAGUCAGAGCUCUCCAACUUGGUCUAAUUCAAAGCAUGUAAAUAACCUUUUCCUGCUCUGAAGUUCAUUCUGGACCUUAAGAAAGAAGUCUUAAUGGGUGGGGGCUCGUGGGAGACACUCACACAAGUCGUAUCUUCCACCCCACUUUAGUAAGUAGCCUUCAACCGAUGCCCAUGAGAGGAAAGAAAAAACGUUUAUACUGAUGAAUGCAUGAGAAUCUGAAUUUAUUUAUUUUUAAUAUGUGCUUUGUGAAUAUUUCAAGGAUUUUACUUUGUAUAGGGUCUGAAUGUGAAAAGCACUGUCUGUAAUCUGGACACCAAAUGCGUCCUGCUGAAUUAAUUGGGUUGGCUAAAUUCUGAUUGGAUUUGACUUUAGUAAAAAUGUGAAUUGCCAUCCUGGUUGUAAUAUUCACCAUUUUUAAUAGCAAGUCAGUAUUUUUGGUGAAUUACCCUGAUAAUGUAGUGAAAUAUCCUGGUGGAGUAGUUUUUAUGUGGAAGAAUUCAUGAAAAGUCAAUACAUUUCUCACUUUAAAAACAAGUGUUCUUAAGACUAUUUAACCUCUCACUGAUUUAUUUCUAUGGAUAAGGAAACAAUCCUUGUGACCAAAACACAGUAUAUUUUGAUUAUAGUGGCAUUCUGGAACUAUCCUCCAAUCAGACUGAAUAUGAUAUUAAUAGCUAUUCUAGCACAGCUAAGAGCAGAAUUGAAGCAAUUUAAACCACACCAUAAAGGAUGUCUGACUAAGUUUAUAGGUUAUAUUAAUAAACUUUAUAAGUAUCACCACAAAAUGUGUCCAUUAAACGGGUGCUAUAGGCACUAUAACGAUUUCAUCUCAUUUAACAUUAUAGUGCCUGGAGUCCUCUGGCACUGUCCCUCCAUUUAGUAUUUUUCAGUAGUGUAACACGAAUUAUAUAUUAGUGGCACUGUCAACAUCUGGGGACUUUGUAUAAUUUGUAAGGAACCCCAACCGUGACAUUGCCGCUGGGAGAAGGUGAGUUUAACUUACCUGUACUCGUAGGCGCCGCCAUCUUCUUCCAACUAGUCCUCUUAUGCUGUACUGAUGUCACUGUGAACUCUUGCGCAUGCACAACAUAGAGCCAAUUCCCUGCAACUGUCGCUGGUAACGGCUGGUGGAUUGACACUUCUAUAAACUGGGCAGAGCUACCGCUGUGUAGUAGUGUCAGGCGUAGGACGAAUACUGCGACAAAGUAGUCUCUCUUUUGUCUCAGUAUAUCUUUUGAUUGGGUUGAAUUUUAUCUUAAUGAAAUACUCAUUUUGCAGGGGGUUUGGGGGGUGUGAUGGGGUAAUUACUGCUAGAACUGUUUCCAGAGACUCUCUCCUCAAAUUUAUGCUUUCCUGUGGUCACCUCCAAAGGGCACCUAGACUGGCACCUUAUUUAGUGUAACAAUCAAUUAGGGUUUCUGGCCCUCCCCGAAGGUGUGGUUUAUUUAUUUGUUACUGGUAUUUAUAAAACGACAACAGAUUCUGCAGAGUUGUGCAAUUAGUGGAGGACGUACAAUAUACACAGACAAAUACAAAAGGUAGAGAGGGCCCUGCCCGUAAGCUGAGAUCUAGCCAUUUUAAGCGCUUAGCUUGAUAGCCCGUGAGCUUACAAUGUAAAGGAUACCGUGGGGAUUUGAGACAAGCGGUAGCAGGGGAAAUUUGGAAGUGAUGAUUAAAGUAAACAGAGAGUUGCCGCUAUUAGUAAAAUAUAGAGGGAAUGACGAGGUAAUCGAGUUAGAAUUUUAAACAGCUGGAGGAGCAUUCUAUAAAUUUAAAAAAAAACAUGAAAAUAAAACACAAAACAUGAAAAGCUCAAUUUAACAAUACAUUUUCUCUUUUCUAUUUAAUGCUAUUGCCAUUAAUGUUACCAUAAUUCUUCCUAUUGCUUAGCACAUGAUCCUGAAAUCAGUAAUUGUGAAAUUGCAGCCUUAUUUUUUUAGCAAUGUAAAAAACAUUCAUCCCGGAGAUUUCUUUUCACCAACACUUUAUAUUUAUAUAUAUAUAUAUUAAACGCUGAGGAUUGCACCCAGGCAAUAUUGCAUUAUUUUUUGAAACAUUAAGGGCGAGUGCCAAGAAUCAUUUUCAUAUAUAUAUUUAUUGAUACUACGUAUAAUAAAGUGAAAAUGCUUUCAACAGAAAACAAAAUAGUGGUCCUCAAACACUGAAAACCUUUUCAUAGUUUGCAGGAUGAUGUUUUCAUGUUUAUAGUAUUGUGCCGAUUACUGCUCUAACAAUGAAUGGGUUUGUGUAAUUGCAACAUUAUUGGCUUUGUGAUUGCAUCUGUGGGUUUGUGAUUGUCUCUGUGUGAAUAAAGAGGUUGCUGAAUGAGUAGUUUCUUUGGUACAACAUGCUUAACUAUUAAUGUUUUUUUAUGGUAUUUAAUGUACUUGUCCAACUGCAGUCUACAAUUCAGGCAUACUAAAUGCGAGCUAGAUGACUUCUCUUUUGUAUGUCCCAUGGCUUCUUUCUAAGUAGUGAUUGACUUGUCCUAGGUUUGUGAAAGAGGAGAGGUAAUUAAGGUUAAAGUCCUUGGCACCCUGGCUUUGAUUGAUGAAGGAGAAACGGACUGGAAAAUCAUUGCAAUAAACGUUGAAGACUCAGAAGCUUCCCUCUACAAUGGUAAAGUAAAUUGAAUGUUCAUUGUUCGUCCAUUUAGAAGUCCAUACUAAAGCUGUCCAACCAUUAUCACGUUGCAGCAAUAUCAAACUGCCCAAUUGUGUGGGAGGAGGGUAAAGGAGGCUAGGAAUUGCAUCACUGACUUUGCCCAAAGGGUAUGGACCCACCUGGAAAGGGGGGCAUGACAGGCCAAGUUACAGACUUGAGUGCAUGCCAACAAAGCAAACUAACACCACAAUGUGAAUGUAGUGGCUAACAAGUAUAUAAUAUACUUAUCUACGGGAAAAAAAGGGGACAGCCUCCCAAAGAUCACGUCCCAGAUGAUGAUCUUUGUGGAAACGGCACUGACCAAAGUAUCCAAUGAUCUACUCGCUGCUGAAUCUCGUGGUCACUACUCUAUCCUAAUUCUUCUUGACCUGUCUGCAGCUUGUGACACUGUUGAUCAUCAACAGCUUCUUCUCACCGCAAUAUCGGUCUACAAGAUAUUGCUCUCUCCUGGUGCUCCUCCUACCUCUCCCAGCGCUUUUUCAGUGUUUCUCUGGCUCUGCUUCUUCUCCCCAACUCCUCUCUGUUGGUGUCGCUCUCUGUUGGUGUCCCCUAAGGUUCAGUCCUUGGUCCCCUACUGUUCUCCAUCUAUACUGCCUCCCUUGGUAAACUCAUUAGCUCCUCUGGCUUCCAAUAUCAUUUCUAUGCAGAUGACACACAAAUCUACCUGUCCUCUCCUGAUCUCUCCCCGUCCUCUUGACUAGUGUCUCUGACUGCCUCUCUGCUAUUUCUAACUGGAUGGCUGCCCACUUCCUUAAACUAAACUUGACCAAAACUGAAAUUCUGGUCUUUCCUCCUUCAAGUGUUGUUACUCCUGUGUCUGUCUCCCUCCAAGUCAACGGUGCUACCAUCAGCUCCACCACGCAUGUUCGCUGCCUAGGUGUUCUCUUUGACUCUGACCUCUCGUUCAAGCCUCAUGUUCAAUCUAUCGCCAAAUUCUGUCAUUUCCAUCUCAAAAACAUUGACUAAGGUGUUGGUCCAUUCCACUGUCCUUUCACGCCUUGACUACUGUAAUCCGCUUCUCAGUGGUCUUACGUGCUCCCAACUUGCGCCGUUACAGUCCAUAAUGAAUGCGGCAGCGAGGCUCAUCUUCCCAUGCCUCACCCUUCUGUCAGUCCCUACAUUGGCUUCCUAUAAAAUAUAGAGCUCAAUUUAAAAUUCUGGUUCUUGCUUUCAAAUCGCUACAUAAUGCUGCUCCCACCUAUCUAUCCUCCCAUAUACACAAGUAUGUCCCGUCUAGGCCCUUACGAUCUGCUGAAGACUUAAGUCUAUCUUCUGUCCGUACUCCCACCUCCGAUGCUCGCCUUCAAGAUUUCUCGAGGGCUGCACCGUUCCUGUGGAACUCUCUUCCCUCCUCCGUUAGAUGCUCACCCAGUCUCCACUCCUUCAAAACAUCGUUAAAAACCCACUUCUUCAUAAAAGCGUAUCAAUUAAACUGUUAAUAGCUCCUGAUUGAUUCCUCUUCUGCAACUGUCACUAGUCUAAUACUAUCUUUACCUUUUUAUGUCAUUUUACCCCACUCCCUCUAGCAUGUAGAGGGAGUGGGGUAAAUGCAUGUAAGCUCAUUGAGCAGGGCCCUCAACCCCUCUGUUCCGGUGUGUCCAACUCGUCUACAUGUCUGUUCGUCCACCCAUUGUAAAGCGCUGCGGAAUUUGAUGACGCUAUAUAAAUAACAUAAUGAUAAUAAUAAUUAACAAGUAACAUGUACAAACAAGAAAAACAUAUGGGAUACGGCUGUUCUAUCUAAAAAAAAAAAACAAAAAAAAAAACCUGAAAAUAAAUCUAGUGCAAUACAAUUUUAAAUUAGAAGUGUGCGCUGUAAAUGAAUACACUCACAAGAUGAAGAUAUGUCAUGCGCUCAAGGGUGCCUCCCCCGAUGUUGCUGGGGUAUGUAAAUCCCUCUUUCCAAUCUGUAUAUGCCGCUAAGAACCAGGACUCCCAAUCGAUAAAAGUAAAAAUGUUUGUGGGUUUUUUUUCGAUUUAACAGCUGUAUCCCCUAUGUUUUUCUUGUUUAAAUAAGUGCAUGCGAGACUGCCCGCCAGUCAUCAUGUAACCAAUCAUUUAAGGUUUCAGUGAUCUCUGCAAGGUCCUAAUGCAACACAAGCAGGUAAUUGAGCACUAACUAUAUGCCUAUUGGAGACAGUUCCCUGGUGCACCCAAAAGCUAGAUACCAGGUAACUAAGUCAGGACUGCAUUCUUAUCAUUUUAUCCAAGUAUAGUAUAUCGUUCACUUUGUGAUUUUGGUUAUCUAAGGUUGCUUGCCAUUGUAUCUUUUUUAGUAGUUUUUUUUUUCUGUUGCUUGUUAUUAUUAUUCAAUCUUUAUUGUUCCAGUUGUUGUGGUUUUUGAAAAUGUCCCUUAUUGUUAACCUACUGUCUCUGAAAACCAUGGCAAGAUAUACAAUUCCAAGCACAUUCUUCUAAAUCAAAUGUUGUGUCUGAAGCUAAUUGGAUUGUUAUCACCAUAGAACUCUUGUUCUUUUUUUUUUUUUUUCAGAUAUCGAAGAUGUCAGAAGACUGAAACCCAAUUAUCUAGAAUCCACCGUUGAUUGGUUUCAGAGGUACAAAGUUCCGGAUGGAAAGCCAGAGAAUCAGUUUGCCUUUAAUGGAGAGUUUAAAAAUAAGGUAAUUGCUGUUUAUACAGAUAAACCGAUAACCUAGAGUAGCAAAAGAAACCAGAAAAAAACAGCCCACAAAUAAAGGGAUCUAAAUCAUAACUUGUAAUCAAUCCAUUAAAAUGUCCAAGAUGACAGUGAGAUCAUAAAAUUGUCAACUGAACCUGAAAAAAUAGAUAUUGUCCGAUAGCUCUCAAUAGAGAUCAUAUAAACACUGAAAGCUUAGAUGUUUAACUAAUAGAAUGGAUACACAUGGACUAUUAAAGCAGUGAGUGUCUCUGAAAUUGAGGUAUAGCUAAGAUUUACAAACAGAGACCCUCGGGAAAUCAAAAUUCCCUAAAAAUAAUCAAAAUAUUCUCUGAAAAUAAGUGGGAAUAAUUAAGAGGUAUGUCAAGAAAGGAAAACAGCCACUGCUUAGAAUAAACAUCAACGAUUUGGGGAGUUAUUGAACACAUAAACACACACAAGAACCAAAGCAGCAAUCCGUGGAUACAUGCACCAGCUGUCUGAUUAAAAUAGCAACCAUAAUGCCAGCAAGCUGAGCGAUGGAAAUAAUGGACUGGGGGGAGGGGGGAAGGAGCAUAUUAGCCAAGUGAUUUCCAGUGCAGAAUGCAGUAUUGAUACUCUGGAAAUGAAAUAUAUACACCGUUAUCACAUAAUGUUAUUAAAUACAGAGGGAUAUAAUAGAAUAGGUGUAACACUACAUGAAGGUAUAAAUAACACUCGAACACUGUGCCUUCAUGGGCACCUAACUGCACUAAAAAACUAAACUUGCCAAUACGGUAACAAUGUCCUAAGAGAUGAGCAGACCAAAGGAUAAACUGAAAACUAAAGGAUAGGGUGCUCAAAAAUGUAUGUUGAAAUCGGGUAAGUCAGAUAAACUGACAAGCACCACUGUGACUGACCAGCAUUCAGAGUCCUGAUAAGCACACCACUGUGACUGACCAGCAUUCAGAGUCCUGAUAAGCACACCACUGUGACUGACCAGCAUUCAGAGUCCUGAUAAGCAUACCACUGUGACUGACCAGCAUUCAGAGUCCUGAUAAGCACACCACUACCAGCAUCCCAAAUCCUUAUAAGCAUACCACUGACUGACCAGCAUUCUGAGUCCUGAUAAGCAUACCACUGUGACUGACCAGCAUUCAGAGUCCUGAUAAGCAUACCACUGUGACUGACCAGCAUCCUGACUCCUGAUAAGCACACCACUGUGACUGACCAGCAUCCAGAGUCCUGAUAAGCACACCACUGUGGCUGACCAGCAUCCCAAAUCCUUAUAAGCAUACCGCUGUGACUGACUAACAAGCAUUCUGAGUCCUGAUAAGCAUACCACUGUGACUGACUAACAAGCAUUCUGAGUCUUGAUAAGCACACCACUGUGACUGACCAGCAUUCAGAGUCCUGAUAAGCACACCACUGUGACUGACCAGCAUCCCAAAUCCUUAUAAGCAUACCACUGUUACUGACAAGCAUCCUGAGUCCUGAUAAGCAUACCACUGUGACUGACUAACAAGCAUUCUGAGUCCUGAUAAGCAUACCACUGUGACUGACUAACCAGCAUUCUGAGUCUUGAUAAGCACACCACUGUGACUGACCAGCAUUCAGAGUCCUGAUAAGCAUACCACUGUGACUGACCAGCAUCCUGACUCCUGAUAAGCACACCACUGUGACUGACCAGCAUCCAGAGUCCUGAUAAGCACACCACUGUGACUGACCAGCAUCCCAAAUCCUUAUAAGCAUACCGCUGUGACUGACUAACAAGCAUUCUGAGUCCUGAUAAGCAUACCACUGUGACUGACUAACAAGCAUUCUGAGUCUUGAUAAGCACACCACUGUGACUGACCAGCAUUCAGAGUCCUGAUAAGCACACCACUGUGACUGACCAGCAUCCCAAAUCCUUAUAAGCAUACCACUGUUACUGACAAGCAUCCUGAGUCCUGAUAAGCAUACCACUGUGACUGACUAACAAGCAUUCUGAGUCCUGAUAAGCAUACCACUGUGACUGACUAACCAGCAUUCUGAGUCUUGAUAAGCACACCACUGUGACUGGCCAGCAUUCAGAGUCCUGAUAAGCAUACCACUGUGACUGACCAGCAUCCUGACUCCUGAUAAGUACACCACUGUGACUGACCAGCAUCCAGAGUCCUGAUAAGCACACCACUGUGGCUGACCAGCAUCCCAAAUCCUUAUAAGCAUACCGCUGUGACUGACUAACAAGCAUUCUGAGUCCUGAUAAGCAUACCACUGUGACUGGCUAACAAGCAUUCUGAGUCUUGAUAAGCACACCACUGUGACUGACCAGCAUUCAGAGUCCUGAUAAGCACACCACUGUGACUGACCAGCAUCCCAAAUCCUUAUAAGCAUACCACUGUUACUGACAAGCAUCCUGAGUCCUGAUAAGCAUACCACUGUGACUGACUAACAAGCAUUCUGAGUCCUGAUAAGCAUACCACUGUGACUGACAAACAUCCCACGUUCAGAUAAGCAUACCACUCUGAUUGUGAUUGACCAUAAGGCAAGCUGUGAUGUAUUGUUUUUCCUGUUCUUUAUAUUUUUUUUUCUCCCUUCCUUUUUUGGGCUAUUCAAUAAAACUUUAUCUGUUUAUUCAUGAGCCCCUUAAAAAUAUGUAUACCAUUUCAUUUCCAGAACUGAUAUUUUGUACAUGGAUUUAUUCAGUAGACUUGAAAUUUUUAAAAACUAUUACUACUUAAAAAAAAAAAUAUUCUUCUAAUUGAGAUGAAAAUUUAUAUUACUAAUACGGAAUUGGAAAUUUUAUACUAACAUCACAAUACACAGACACUUUAAUACAGUAUGUAGUGGUUAUGGUGACUUGAGUGCUCCUUGGGGGCAGCAGGAAGCAUUGCUAAUAAGCUAACCUUCAUUUAAAAAGUAUUAACUCACAGUUGAUCAUUCACCUUUAACAUCUUCAACCACCAAGCACUCUUAAAUAUAGCAUUAAUCUAAACUUUGAAAUUGAAUGUCUUGAAAAUAAAGGUUGGAUAAAUAGGGGGUGAGUAUAGACACUACUGCAAUUUUGCUUUGUAGUUAUCUGUAAAGACUCCAAUGGUAGCUUUUUAAAAAUAGCAACAGCGUUUAAUAAUCUCUGUAUUUGAGAAUAAUAAUAAUAAUGUUCAGUUAAGUCAUGCACUUAUUAAAUUAAAUGUUUUACAAAGUGCUCUACAACCUGCAUUAAUCUCGGGAUUGCUUAGUAACAGUAAUGCCCUCUUUGACUGUUAGACUGCGGCAGUAAAUGUUAGAUCGCAGCAGAAUUGUGCGCUUCGAAACUACAUAUACUGUGUGAAUCUUUGCAAAUGGUACACGUGAUAUUAGUAGAGGGGUUACACCUCUAACCUUUGUUUUGUAAUGCAUUAUGUUCUCCAAUGCCAUUCAAUUUGUCACUGCCUUUGUGGGAUCAGAAGGUUAUAAAACUGUGUUGCGCUUAUUUGUGUCAUUUUGUCUCUUUUUGAAUAGGACUUUGCAAUAGAAAUAAUCAAAAGUACGAACACUCAAUGGAAAGCACUUGUGACAAAGAAGGCAGACAGAGGAGAAAUUGAUUGGUGGGUUUUUAGUUUUUUGUUUUUUUUCCUUUAAUAUGAACUAGUUUCAGUGAUCUUGCUUUUUGGUUUCUUAAUAGACUAGAAAGCCUAAAAACCGCUUUAUUCCAUCUCUUAUUGAGCUUCCAAGAUUUCUAAUAACUUUAAAAUUACAAUCCGCAGAUCCCACUGAUGCCUUUUUCAUAAACACCAUAGACUCAGAAUUUAAUUUCAUGUACGUUUUAUCAAUCCUCUUCAUUUACAAGUUACAUUUGAGCUGCUUUAAAGAGUACGUUGAGCACAGUCCAGGUAGAUUUUAGCUCCAUAUUUAUCUUGUAUCUUCUGUUUUGUUAGGGGAAAAAAAAAGUUUUGCAACUUUCUGCAGUUUGACUUCACUCCUCCAGUCAUGCCAACUCUUCACAAAGCUACUUCCUCAUUGGAUGUACUCGGCUAGGCCAAUGAGAUGUUGCUGUGAGCUACGUUGUUGACAGUACUCGGACCCACAGCCAAUCACUGUCCUUCUCUUAUCGGUACCUCCUCCAAGCGACACUGCUGUGAUAUACUUGACAAAUAAGAAGAGGAAUGCUAUUUAUUAUCGGUCAAGUCAUAAUCUCAGUUUACGCUAAUUUCUUAUUGGAUGGGGCCUGAACUAUACUGUCUACUUUCUAAUCCGGAAGAUGGUGAACUUUUUUUCAUUGACCAUUCUUAAAAGAUUUUGAAUGUGGAGGAACAUUCAAGAAGCAUGAUUAUGAUGCCAAAACCAAAUUAAUUUAGGCUGAGUUAACGGUUCCUUUUUAAGGAAUAGAAAUGAUGUGUGAUGUCAUGCAUAAUGGGGUACUGUUUUGCAUGAUUUCGCGAAAUGACUAAUAAUAUAAUACAAUAUAGAUCUCAUCUUUACAUUUAACGCUGUCGGAAGGUUCUGUGAUUGAAUAAUAAUAAAAGCUUCCUGGAAGGUUUGGGGUUCUCUUUGUUUUAAAAAUAUUUAUUAGUCGGCAAGAGCUGCGCGCGCAUUCAGCCGGUCGCAUAGGAAAGCAUUUACAAUUUAUAAAAAAAAUGGGUUAACCCUAGCUGGACCAGGCACCCAGACCACUUCAUUAAGCUGAAGUGGUCUGAGUGCCUAGAGUGGUCCUUUAAUGGCUUUAGAAGCGUGUUGCAGAUGUUAAUGAACAAUCCAAGCACUAUAAUCACUAGAACUAAUCCAAGCAGUCAUUGUGCAGUGAUACUGUGAAUGAAAUCCAGUUGACUGCCAAACACAUGCAGUUUGUUCGUUCGUUUGUUUGUUUGUUUUUAAGCAAAAGUUCCCCACAAGUUGUGUAAGUGGGUAGUGGUAUGAAGUUUAAGAGGAUCACUAUAGUGUCAGGAAAACAAACUUGUUUUCCUGACACUAUAUAACCCUUAGGUCCUCUCCACCCUCAGGGUCCCCCUCCCUUACCUUAAUCCAGCACCGGGCUCCCUCGGCGCUGGUGACCUCUCCUCCCCCGCCAAUGCCAGCUCCCGAGUGGAGCUGAAUGCGCAUGCGCAGCAAGAGCCCGCGUGCGCAUUCAAACAGUCCAUAGGAAAGCAUUUCUCAAUCGAUUUUUCGCAUUCAGCAUCGCAGAAGCGCCUCUAGCGGCUGUCAGGAAGACAGCCACUAGAGGCUGGAUUAACCCUGCAAUGUAAAUAUAGCAGUUUCUCUGAAACUAUGUUUACAUCUGAAGGGUUUAAACCUGGGGGACCUGGCACCUAGACCACUUCAUUGAGCUGAAGUGGUCUGGGUGAAUAUAGAGUCCCUUUAAGGAUUUUAGUUUAUUAAAAAAUAAUAAUAAUAAUUUUUAAAAGAGAAUGUGCAGUGUGCUCACGUAAGUGCAUAUAGUGACUGACAUGCAAUAUAGACUAUUAAUUUCCAUAAAAUGUAACAGUAAAAUAGAAAAAAAAUCUGUUAAAAAUGUUAGUUUUUGGACCUCCAUUGGUGUAACUCCUAAAUGAAGACCAGUGUGGGCAACAUAUGGGAUCUAGUGGUUUUGUGAACCUGUGUGGGGUGUUGAAGCACUACUUCAAUCAUAGCAAGUCAUUGGUUCUGUUGCUAUUGGAAAUUCUUGGUUCCAAAAAUAAAAUACUAAACAGUCAUGUUUUUUUUUAGAUGGAUGUAAAACAUGUAGUCUCUGUAGGAGUAUAUUUCUAAGAUUCCAAAAGAGCAGUUUUUGAAAUGUUCCAUGUUUUGCGUUGUCUGCCAACAGAAUACCGUCAGACUGGUUGGUUCUGCCGGGAUAACACUAUUCUCUUGAUAAACAUGUUGCAGUUAGAAAACAGCUGUUUAUUCUGUUGCAGUAGAUGUUUUAUCAAAUUUUACAUUUUUUUUGUCUUGUGUUUGAGGAGUGUCUUGCUCCCUAGCUUCUCGAGAUGUUAAUUAGCUAUACUAAAAUGGAAAUGUAAUUGCCAAGUCUUUUUUUUGUUUUGUUUAAUUAUCUUAUCUAUCCUUUCUGCUUCCACCAGUAUGAAUACAACAAUUCAAGAAAGCUGUUUUGUCUGCAAGCAAGAUGUAGCUAAAGCCGUUGUGGAAGCUGUGAGUUGCGCAAUUUUUUUUUUUUUUACAUUUUUUAUUUUAUGAGUGGUUUUACCAAGAAGAAUAUUCUGUAUCUUGCGUUUCACAAUGCCCUGACAAACUAAAAGGCCAAUUAAAUACUGUUAAAAGGUUGAAACACAGACAAAACAAAUUGUAUCAACAAAGCAUUCACGUCAGCCAUUUACUUUUAAGCAUAACCUCAAAUGUUGCAUUUUUUUUUCUUUGUUCUUGAUUUGUUUUUCUAUACAUCCAUUUGAUGACAUUGGACAUGUACAGUAUCUUUCAGUCCUUUUGUGAUAGCCGAUUCAUCCCAUAUGUGAUUGUUCAUGGUGAGCCACAUCUGUUCCUGAUCCUUGCAAACCCUGCAGCAAUGGCCUGUUUCUCCAAGUGAUGAAUCACUGUAAUGACCCAUCUGAUGCUCUCCUAAGUGUGGAAUGGCUGUGUACGGCAACCUGUUCUCUGUGUGAAGAUUUCCCGUGUGGACCAUGCUACUGCUUUGACAGUUAAACAGUAGCCAAAGAUUAGCAAUUUCCCAAAUGCUGUAGUGUAUGUUGGUCUGUGCAUCCUGGGCUCCUGUAUAACUCAAAUGAUCAGUUUCCCUGUCAUGCGAUUGCUGUGACAGACAAUCCCAGGAAUCAAAUAAAGGGUUGUAAUUGUAUUCAAUACAAUACCCCCUUUCAUCUGUGUGUAUCUCUUGAUCCUCCAAGUGUGUCUUUACUAAUACCCUUGUAAUCUCUUGAAUGUCUCUUAACCCCCUUUUUUGUCUUUUUUUUUUUUUUUCUCAAAACAUUUUGUUUUAAACAAGCGGAUGGGUGUCAGGGUUGCAAUACCAGUUACCUGGCAUUAAGGCUCAGAAAAACAAUAUUAAAGCAAAACAAAAUGUAAUAAUAUACAAGUAAAAUAAUACAUUUUAGAAAAAUCAUGGUCAGUUCCAGGGUUAAAACAAGUGAAAUAGGCAGGAGUGGAAGUUUUCCACAAAAGACUCACAAAGAAAACCGUUGGUAAACGGGCAAGUUCCAUAAAUAAGGGACUUUUUUGGGGAGCCUUGAGACUGAAGAUUGGGCUCCCAAUAUUUUAUAAAUUGGGGAACCCUACACCUUUGAUUGGGAGGUCUCAAUCCAGUCCAAUUUAAACAUGUAAGCUAGUUUGGAUUGACAUUAUGAUAUGGUCAUUUUAUUUAGCGAAUUCUAUAUGAAGGAUGGAUUUUCUUGCAGUAGCUAGAACCAUCUACAUAAAUCUAGAGGUUUUUAGGGUAAUUCCAGAAAAGAUACCACUCCGGGGACAGUGGUACUAGCUACCUUAAUAAAAUCACAAAGCAUGAUCAGAAAGGGCCUCUAGACCAAUAAUAUGUAAAAUAUAUGACACACGCCACUUAGUGGCAAAAACAUGAAUGUGAUACUUAACAAUGUGGAUGGCUUCCCCUGGACCUAACAUAUAGCCUAUAUAAAAUGUCCUAGGACAAAUAUAUAGAAUGGUUUAAUACCACCAGACACCACUCUAUAUAUGCACUCAAAACAUCUGCACUAGUUUGACUUGUGUUGCUAACAGGUUAAAUUACAAGUUAACAUUUGCAACCAGUGACUUAUUUAGUCCUCCAAAUUCUCCCUUUAGAGUUCCGCAUUCCCUGUAGUUGUAAUACAGUGUUUGAUUUUAUGUUAUCUUUUUUUUUUUUUGUUCAUUUGAUUAACUUUGUUUUAUUUAUUUUUUCCUCUUACUGUAUUUAUCAUCUGUAGCUGAGUUCUAUUUUGUUUUUCGUCUGCUUUGGUCAUUGCUGCCUCCCACUGCAGAGUAUGUUAAAGCAAAAAGGAAGGGAUAAACCAUAAACCAUUGCCCCUCAAAGUCUGAACUUUGCCAUGGGAGAAGCGUUAAAGAAUUUCAGACAGCUGCCAGCUUAUUCUCAGAAAGAUUGAGAAUUAUUUUUAUUCAUUUUGUGUGAGAGGAAAACUUUAUUUUAGACAGAUCUUCAUUUUCCCAUAACUAUGCAGUUUAUUUGUUUAAAUGUGGGCCAGUACAGAAUGACGAAGCCCAGUCACCCAGUUCAGGCGAGAAAAAAAUAUAUAAAAUAUAUAUAUAUAAAUAUAAAAUGUAAAAUAUUAUUUUUGUUUGUUUUUUUACCUUUUAUGUCCAACUAUUAUAGAAAAUAUAUUUCUCGCAGAUCACUAUCAUUACUGACAAGAAAGCAGAAAAGUGGCAUAUAAUGGGAGAAAAUAUUUUAUUACUUAUUCUUUCAUAUAGACAAUUCUACGCAUAAGGGAGCUGAACAAAAACUCUUUUAUAGUAAUUGUCCUUGAUCCAUUUUGCUGUUCCUACACUCUAUGAAAUGGAAUUAAAAAUGUCAUUAGCUAGGGUUUUGUAGAAAUGUGUACUGGUUUUAUUUGCAUAUGAGGAAAAUUCAGCAAAGUAUUGAAACUGAAUCAUGAUGUAUCACGGCUUUAAUUAUAUUCUUUCAAUAAUAAAUUAGACAGCAAACCCAUGUAAGCAGUGAUAGUUCUUUACUUGAACAUUAAUCCAUUGUUUGAGAAGCUUCUAGCCCCCUGUAGAUUCCCAUACUUUAGAUUAGAAGCAAAGGGCUGUAGUAUUUAUGUACCAGCAUGUAAUCAUUAAUUUUGUGAUUAUUGCAAAUACCUUGUUUUGAUGUUUAUAUAGCUUGUGCAUAUCUUUUUAAUUUUUUUUAUUUUUUUGUGUGUGUGUGUGUAGUUCAAUGACAGAAAAAGGCAGAUAGGUAUAAGCAUGUUCUCAUGAGACAAAUUUAAGAUAGAUUCAAUGUGGAAUAAGGUGCAUAUGUCGAAAGAAUUGCACAAUUUUAAAUGGUAAAUUAAUCAUAAGAAACAAUACUUAAAUGAGGCCCGUUCUAAUAAUACAUAUAAUAUAUAUAUAUAAAAAAAAAACACAGAAAAGCUAUGCUGUAUUUGGCCCUGAUACAGAUCCACCAGGUAAACAUUAAGGAAACUUCAUCGGUUAUAACAGAUACCAGACUAGUAAACUCAUAGUAAAAUAUGACAAACAAAGGACUAAACAACUGCUGUCUGGUCUAAUUAUUUAGACAGUUGGUAGGAGAUAGCAAUAUAUCAGCCUAUGCUCAGGCAACAAAAUGUAUAUUGAUGGCAACAUAAAAAUCAAGAGACCCUGCUGUGAUCAGCCAAACAGGCACAUUUGCUCAACCAGACCCUGCAUUCCCAGCCCCAAGUACUGGAACCAGCACACACUGUCCAAUUACUCCACCAACCUAUGAGUCCUGCUCGGUCAGUAGCUAGGCCCCAUCCGCACCUUGUGUAUCUUUUAAGACCCUCGGUAACGGCACUUGUUUGAAUAGAUUGGAAAAUUACUUUUAUACAUUUACGUGAUGAUAAAUUAAGAAUUGCAAGUUUUAGCCGGGGAAAAAUUGCCUAUUUUGGAGUGGGUUUGCAAUGCAGUUAAUCUAGCCUAAAAUGUGCAUUUCCCUGGCCACUUUUCCACAAUGCUUGGAUUCGGUAAUAACCAUGAUAUAGUAACCAAAGGUAAAUACAAUAUAAGCAUGCUUACACCGAAUCUCAAGGCACCAUUACCACUUAUUUUUACAGUAGAAAAAGUUGUGAGGCUUCACCUUCUAUUAGCUUUUUGCAGGCAUCUCUGUAUUCUUACUGAAUUGUGGAGUCAAUAUCAAUAUUGCUCAUAUGACAUUCAUCAUUUGAAAUGCACACUAGACAUACAAACAGUGAAGAUUUAACAGUUCUAAUGACUGUUAUAUGAUAAACUGUCCAUUGGCGACGCAGUUUAGAAAUAUGCAAGACCCCUUUCACUGAACAUACAAUGCAGAAUGAGAACACUUGAAUAACACUCCCAUUGAUCAUGUUGGAAUUGUACUGGCAUUCCAACAUUGUCAAAAGAUAUACAAAGACAAACCAGGAACUACUUUGUCUAGGUAUAUUACCUACGCUUGACAAGACAGAGCUUUUGCCAUCUAGGAUCCUCCAUAUCCUCACAUUUGUGCUAGAGUACAACAUACUUAUGCACUCCUGGCAGAAGCUUAAGAGGACUAGCAGGAAGACCAUGGUGGCAGCCACAAGGGACAGGUUCAGAUAAGCAAAGCUCACUUUCCCCUGGACACCAGACAGAGCAGUCACUGUUGGGGUGUCUGCAAAAUUUGCAAAACACCAGACAGUGACAGAGCCACUUUAAGCUAUAGAAACGUCAGUCUGAAAUAUGUAUAGGAGAGGAAAUAUAAAUUUAUUCAUAGGCGAAAUAUAAAACCAAAUACAAAGAUAUUAAGAGGGGAGUUUCUCACUAUGAUAUUGUAGAAUAAUCAGACAUAGAAGUCGAUCUUUCCCCUUCUUUUGCAAUAACUGUCCUCAAACUGAAAAGUGUUUGCACUUUGUCGAGAUAGAAACUGGGAUUGUUUAGUAAUCUAUUAGCUUUUGUAAACAGUCACAUUGCAAAAUUUAAACCAAGAUUGGCAGAGAUGAUGGAAACAAAAAAUCUGAUGGAAUGUUUCCAUUUAUUUUGAUCUAGAUUUAGUGGCAUGAGGACUAGAGGACAAAUUACUUUUUAGAGAAUAAAUCCCAUACCCAACAUUCAAUCUGUGUUCUCUAAAAUAUAGGUGCUUUGCUAUACUUCUGCUAUUGACGCUUUAACCAAUCUACCCUCAUAAUUAUAUCCAUUAAUCUUUCAAAAGGAACACUGCAACCUUAAAAUAUUUGUCAAUAUGGAUGGCCUGUCAACAUUUCUCCAUUGUUUUCUUGACCAAUUCCAGCUAUGGAUCCCUUAACUGUGCAUGUGUUUAACCUCCCUGUGUGUAAACAUCUUUCAUCAAAGUAGCCUAUGGGCUAACAUUUAGAAUGAGGGGGGAGAGUCAGCGCGUAGAUAAUAAACUAUAGGGCAGCAACCCAAAAAAGGGAAUCCCUCAAGACCAUUAUAAAACAAGAUAAAAAAUGUAAGAGGUGAGGGCUGCGCCUAGGGCUAAUAACAAUAGUCUAUAACAAUAAGGACCAGACCAAAUGGUCUAAAUGAAGAUACCAUAAACAAGUAGGCCUAUAUGGAUAAUAGAACAGUGGAGAAUAAAAAGUCCCAAUAAGACAACAGAAUAAAAUAGAAGGAUAAUCCUCCGGAGUUGAUUCGUCCAAAUAAUAAAAUAUUCAUAUAAAAGUCAUAUAAAAAGUCUUACAUCAGGUAAGGUAGGGGUGCAAUCCUCAGGAGUUGAUCCGUCCGGAUGGUUAAAAUAUCCGUAUAUUCUGGGAGAGGGUAAUUUCGAGAUAAAAUCUACUUCUUACAGCAACUUUCUUUAUAGCAGAAUGUCUGUUAAAACCACAGACCAAUAAGCCUGCUGUACUGUUUGGCUAUUCACUAAAAUGAAAUUGGAGAAUAUCCAAGCUGGUGUAAAUAUGCCAAUUUUUAUUUUCUUUUUUUCCCUUUUUUCCAUUUGAUUAAGAUUCAUACAGAUUAAUAUACGGUUUCUGCCAGAAAUUAACGUCCUUAAAUUGUUUAUUAUUCCCAUUCAUUUAAAUAUUCGUCUCAUCAUAUAAAAUAUUAUUUUAAAGUAAAAACAAAAUUUACCUUACAUCACUCCGUUUUGUUUGUGACUGCAAUCACACUUUCGUUAUGCAUAUACUUCAACAAAUGAUGAUUUUUUUUUUUCCAGGCCCCUGCUAGCGGACCUGACAGCCCAAUCCCUGCAGACGGUAAGAUUUAAGAGACUCAUGGUAUCCUCUUAAACAUGUCCUUUUUAGUGCAGCAGAAUUAGAGUAAAAUGUAUAAACCAUGGCUACUUAAACUCUGUAGUAUCAGUGGUCGAGAAAAGUAGUCGUCCCACGUACAUUUUAUGUGCUUAUGGUUUGUAUCUAAAGUCUUUCCAUUACCUGAUCACUGCUACUGACCAGUAUAACAAUUAAACACUAUCUUUAAGUGACGGGCAGCCUGGUGGCAGAAGGUAGCAGAGAGAUACAUGCAAAUGCAGAUUGACAGCGCAGGAGAAGCAGAGCUUGCUGGACAAGCUGGAAGCUUAAACAGUUUGACUCCUUACAAUGGGAUUGAGGGCUGGGGGGUGUUGCCAAGGCACUCCUGACUUCACAACCACUACAGUGUGCUUUAGUAGUUUUGGUUCUUGGAGUGUUCCGUUUAAAGUGAGGUUAAAGAAAGAUACGAUUGGCUGUGCAGUUUUUAACUGAAAUUUAUAUGGAAUAACAAACUCCCAAGCUGUUAAAGAUGGAAACCUGAUGACUAUUGCAUGAAUGAUGACCUGUAUGCUGCACAUCUUCAAUAGUAGGUUUAAUUGCACUAGUGAAACGACUAAGGCAAAUGACUUCUCAAGCUGCUUAAAUUACUAGCGAAAGAAAGUCCUGCAGUGUACAGCUAUGCACAGGCCAGUGUUUUCAGGCAAUACCCUAAUGUAAAAAAAUCCCAAACUAGAAAUGUGUCCCAGGCUUUCACUGCCCCCCAGUGCUGAUGGUGUGUAUAACACAGUACAAAUCUGACACCCAAAAUCUGUUUACUCCAGCAUGUGUUUUUCCAAAUGUAGAUACUACCCAUUAUUCCUUUUUUCAUUUCUGAAACUUAAAGUUCUAUUAAAUCUUCUGGAAGAACCUGGUGUUUCUUGAAAGCUCAUUAUUUUUAUGUUGCUGUUUGUGUUAUUUGAAAACGUUUCUAUUUAUUCUUUCUCUUGUUCCUCUCCACUCUAACUUUCUUCUGUCUCAUCACAUUUUACAGUGGACAAGUGGUUCUAUUAUCAGAAGAACUAAUUAUAAAGUGAAAGAGACCGUCAGCAAUUGUUGCAUGUCAUCUGCCAGACAUUCGAAUCUGCAGGAUAUUGGUUGAAAAUCCAGAACAUUUUAACUCUUGGGUGCUAAAAAGCUUACUAUGCCAUGUAUUGUGCUGAAGCAUCAAAUGGAUGAUUAGCAUGAUAAUUGACCAAGACAACAAUCAUCUGAACUCUAACAACAACAAUCUAUGCUUUUAUUGAGACUUUGCAGGAUAAUUGGGCAGUGCAAACCUUUUUUUUCUGUGCAACCGUAUUAUUGGUUUAUUUUAUUCUUUUUGUGACAGCAGAAUUGGCAUGCAAUAAAUUAUAAAAUGGCUAUUUAACAAUCCAACUACUGUGUAGGAUCUCCCAUUACGAGAAGGAAAUAAAUUCUAGUUUUGUUGACAAACAUGCCUUUGUGUAUUUUGUGAGUCAAUAUAACCUCUUAACUCUCCCAUCCACGCGUUGUCUCC